AUGCAGCGCAUUUUCACCUCUAAAAAUGACAACUACAAUAAACUUCACAGGUUAGAAUCCCUCCAUGGUUUUCUCGUUUUAUAUUCACACACAUCUUCCUGAUGUGCUGCAUGGAACAUGCUUCUUUCUUGGCCUUCCCAAAUCCUUGCUUUUAUACUCCAUAAAUUAUUCUGUUUACAGGUUUGUUUGGUUUUUUUUGCUCACUUUCAUUUUCUUAGCUUUUAGCUCCCCGUACUUAUUUCACCCUCCCCCUUUCCACUCUAGCUAUCAUCUACGUAAAUCUCACAAAGUGCAAGGGCAAAGCAGGGGCUACGGGAUCAGCAUCUGACAGUGUGUGAUGUUAUUGGGGUGAAAGAUGCUGUGGGAAUAAAAAGUUCUGACGUCAUCGAUGAAGCGGGUUUAUGCUGACAUAUGAUGGCCUUUCUGUUUUGAGUGAUAAAUAAUAAAUAGAGAUUAUUCACCAAACUUCUUUUCUCAUUUUUAUAAAGCAAAAUGUCUUAAGUGCCAUGUAACAUCUUAUUACCGUAACCCUGCUCCAGAGUGCCUUAUUACCUCUGUAACGUCUUCUUACAGUAACCCGGCUCCUGAGUGCCUUAUUACCCUGUAACAUCUUAUUACAGUAACCCGGCUCCUGAGCGCCUUAUUACCCUGUAACAUCUUAUUACAGUAACCCGGCUCCUGAGUGCCUUAUUCAGUCUGAGUGCCUUAUUCAGUCUUCUUAAAGUAACCCGGCUCCUGAGUGCCUUAUUACCCUGUAACAUCUUAUUACAGUAACCUGGAUACUGAGUGCCUUAUUACCCUGUAACAUCUUAUUACAGUAACCCAGCUCCUGAGUGCCUUAUUACUCUGUAACAUCUUAUUACAGUAACCCGGCUCCUGAGUGUGUUAUUGCCCUGUAACAUCAUAUUACAGUAACCCGGCUCCUAAAUGUCUUAUUACCCUGUAACAUCUUAUUACAGUAACCCGGCUCCUGAGUGUUAUUACCCCCUGUAACAUCUUAUUACAGUAACCCGGCUCCUGAGUGCCUUAUUACCUCUGAAACGUCUUAUUACAGUAACCCGGUUCCUGAGUGACUUAUUACCCCCUGUAACAUCUUAUUACAGUAACCCGGCUCCUGAGUGCCUUAUUACCCCGUAACAUCUUAUUACAGUAACCCGGCUCCUGAGUGCCUUAUUACCCCGUAACAUCUUAUUACAGUAACCUGCCUCCUGAGUGCCUUUAUUACCCCCUAUAACAUUUUAUUACAGUAACUCGGCUCCUGAACGCCUUAUUACCCCGUAACAUCUUAUUACAGUAACCCGGCUCCUGAGUGCCUUAUUACCCUGUAACAUCUUAUUACAGUAACCCGGCUCCUGAGUGCCUUCCAACCCUGUAACAUGUUAUUACAGUAACCUGGAUACUGAGUGCCUUAGUACCCCGUAACAUCUUAUUACUGUAACCCUGUUCCUGAGUGCCUUAUUACCCCGUAACAUCUUAUUACAGUAACCCGGCUCCUGAGUGCCUUAUUACCCUGUAACAUCUUAUUACAGUAACCCGGCUCCUGAGUGCCUUAUUACCCUGUAAUAUCUUAUUACAGUAACCCGGCUCCUGAGUGCCUUAUUACCCCGUAACAUCUUAUUACAGUAACCCGGCUCCUGAGUGACUUAUUACCCCCUGUAACAUCUUAUUACAGUAACCCGGCUCCUGAGUGCCUUAUUACCUCUGAAACGUCUUAUUACAGUAACCCGGUUCCUGAGUGACUUAUUACCCCCUGUAACAUCUUAUUACAGUAACCCGGCUCCUGAGUGCCUUAUUACCCUGUAAUAUCUUAUUACAGUAACCUGCCCCUUGGAAUCCCCGCCUUAUUACCCCAACAUCUUAUUACAGUAACCCGCUCCUGAGUGGCCUUUAUUACCCUGUAACAUCUUAUUACAGUAACCCGGCUCCUGAGUGCCUUAUUACCCUGUAACAUCUUAUUACAGUAACCCGGCUCCUGAGUGCCUUAUUACCCUGUAACAUCUUAUUACAGUAACCCGGCUCCUGAGUGCAUUAUUACCCUGUAACAUCUUAUUACAGUAACUUGGUUUCUCAUUGCCUUAUUACCCCAUAACAUCUUAUUACAGUAACCAGGUUUCCAAGUGCCUUAUUACACCCUGUAACAUCUUAUUACAGUAACCCGGCUCCUGAGUGCCUUAUUACCCUGUAACAUCUUAUUACAGUAACCCGGCUCCUGAGUGCCUUAUUACCCUGUAACAUCAUAUUACAGUAACCCGGCACCCGAGCGCAUUAUUACCCUGUAACAUCUUAUUACAGUAACCCGGCUCCUGAGUGCCUUAUUACCCUGUAACAUCUUAUUACGGUAACCCGGCUCCUGAGUGCCUUAUUACCCCAUAACAAGAAACCCGGCUCCUGAGGGCCUUAUUACCCCUUGUAACAUCUUAUUACAGUAACCCGGCUCCUGAGUGCCUUAUUACCCUGUAAUAUCUUAUUACAGUAACCCGGCUCCUGAGUGCCUUAUUACCCCGUAACAUCUUAUUACAGUAACCCGGCUCCUGAGUGACUUAUUACCCCCUGUAACAUCUUAUUACAGUAACCCGGCUCCUGAGUGCCUUAUUACCGUGUAACAUCUUAUUACAGUAACCCGGCUCCUGAGUGCCUUAUUACCCCCUGUAACAUCUUAUUACAGUAACCUGGCUCCUGAGUGCCUUAUUACCCCGUAACAUCUUAUUACAGUAUCCAAUCCCUGCUUGUGUUAUUGAUUCAGUUUAUGUGACAUUGAAAAACAGCAAACACUGUCUUUGUUUUGUGUUUCUGGGAAAGCAUAGAAGGGUCAGAGGAAGUGACUGUCCUCCACACACCACCCUCUCCUGAGUCUGCGGAAUAGUAGUUCAGAGAGGGCAGGAUAUGAAGGAAGGAUUCCUGGUGCAGUGAGAGGAAUAAUAAAAGUCCGGGAGAAGCAGAUUUUGGAGGUAUGAUACAGUGUAUUUAUUAUAAUCCCAUCCACCCCCCUAUUUUAUCUCCAGGUUAAUUGCUGAUGGUGAGGUAAACUGGGAUAUAUUUUUACACUGAUGUUUAUUAAUUAUACCCUAUAAGGCUAGUAAUGGGAGACCCCCUUAUAAUGCAGAGAUUGACUUAGAAAUAUCAAAAGGGCAAAGUUAGGAGAGAAAUUUAGGAACCCACAUUGUGCCCGCAGAUGGGACCCCUGGCAUAUAUAUCUUGCCUGUUAUGAAACAACACACUGAUUUUACAUAAUUUGUCUGUGGGUUAGAUUUAUAAACAUCCCUAACACUCUACAAAUUCUUUUACUUGGUGAGCAAUUACUGCUUCCACUGGAAUGCUAUGUCAGGUAUCAACUACUAUUGAGGUAAGGCAUUAUUACAUCACGUUACCCUGCCAUCUUAUAAGCAUUUGGGCUCAUUCUGCCUGUUUGUGAAAUCAGUCCUUCAAACAUUCUGCGUUCGUUGUUCGUAGAGAAAAGGAUGGAAAAUUGUAGGCAAAACAGCGAAACAUUUAUUUUUUAUUUUUUAAAGUCACUGUUUUAUUGAGGCAAUAUAGCGGUAAACAGCAGUCAAAAAGGAGUCUGAGCAAGUGCACACAUGAGCAGUAAUGCAGUACAAGUGCAAUAGUACAAAUAUGAUCUUAACAGUAUUUGAAUACAUGUGAAGAAACUUAACAUCUUCUGCCUCUUUUAUAUUUUAAGUAAAAGGUUAGAGAGUAUUAAUAUGCAACACAGGCCUUUCUGCCAUGUCAAAGCUAAAAACAUAUACAAUAUUUGCUAACAGGGUAAGGUAGUACAUGGUGGCUGACACUAAAUAGAAGUGUUGCCUAUUAGGCUAGAUUUUAAUGAGAAGGUGGCCAGUGAAGCUGGACUUUCUAGCAAACAACUACACUACACAGGUAUAAGGUGAAGUUAAAGAAAAAGUAAGUCCCUGUAUUAAUAAAGAAAUGAAGCUAGUGAUAAGGGCAUGAGAUAGAGUGACAAAUCAGCAGGUAUCAAGAGAACAUGCGAGGAUAGCGAGUAGCUCCAUGCGAGACAGCAAGUAUCACCCGAUGCCCAAGCUUGGGAGUGUAUGGGGAUAGCCGGUAAGAACAGGUUGGCAGUCGUGAAGAAUAGUGACCCUCCAGCCCCAGGCCGUCACGAAGGCAUGCAUCACAGAACCACAGACUUGGGUACUCAUAAACGAGGCCAAGUCUCUCUGUAUUGGGAUCCAGCUAUUUCCAAAGCUCCUGUUGGACUGUCGCCGUCAGUGGUGGUGGACCUUUAGCCUCCAUGGUCGACACGCCAGGGUUGUCGUUCUGCUGGCCUUCAGCCUAGGCAGGCUUAAGGUAGAAGACAAGGAUGCUUGUAAGGAGGUAGUGCCCGGAGGGGACCUACUCUUCUCUGGCCUCUCUCCACUGCGCCGUCCCUCCUGGUCUUGAUUGGGUGCUACUAUUAUGCAUGCAGCCAAUUUUGCCCAGAAGUCUUCAAAAUGCUCAUCCAAGCACUUUAACAAUUGCCCAAUAGUGAUGUGUUGGGACUCCUCACGCUGUGUCAGAUUAUGUGCAGCGUUGGAAAGUGUGUCUGCCAUCUUGAAUCUGCAGUGAACGGUACCUGUGCAGUAUCAAUUGCCUGAGUUCGUCAGAAGUAUGAGGAGUCAGCCCAUGGGGACCGGGAUAACACCCUCCUGUCUAAAGGGUGGCAGGGAGGGCAGCUUUAUUUAGUUGCUGUGUCGAGCUGCUUGGGCCAGCAUGAGAAAACUGGCCGCAUUUCCCCAGCUCUGUUGCCUGAAGGCCGCAAUUUGCCGCCUUGGUUCCCGAUGGCUACAAGCCUCAAUUCUAGUAUCGCUCGAUUUGUUACGGUGUCCCCAGUCUGGGGAGCACCUCAGAUUAAAGUUUUCAGCUCUGCAACCCGGGAUAUCACCGCUAAACUGCUCAGUUUUGCAAGAGCUACCCCAUUGUACAGCGCCGCAGAAUUUGUUGGUGCUUCAAAAAUAAUAACAAUAUUCAUUGAGAUUUUUUUUUUCUGUUUGGUUUUAUUGCUGUAAAUGUGCUAACAAACUACAACAAACUGCUUACUGAACAAUCCUGGAGUCUUCAGAUUAUACCUCAGCCUCAGGAUAAAUGGGCAAAUUGUGAGGAUAAAUAGUCAGGUAUGUGAUAGAACAGGUUGUAUAUACAUCAGGAUGAGACAUUUCUAAUCACGAAUUACUAGAAUGACAGGACAAAUAGUUAUUCCCAUCUGUGCUGCUUGGACUAUUGAGGAAGCAUUAGCCUAAGCAGCAAUGGGCAGCUGUGAUUGGCCGAGAGUGUCAGCUGACUGCAUUCAGCCUAUCACAGUGUUUCUGCAGGUAUGAAUGGGUACGGAUACAAGGAAGUGUGUUUCUCUGCCUUAGAGAAACCCAAGACAGGGGUGUCCUGAUGUGGUAAUUAAAGGGACAGUAUAGGCACCCAGACUACAUCAGCUCAUUGAAGUGGCUUGGGUGCAGUGUCUCAGGUCCGUUAACCCUGCAAUUGUAAUUAUUGCAGUUUUUAAUAAACUGCAAUAAUUGCCUUGGAGGGUUAACUGCACCUCUAGAUGCUUUCUACCAGGCAGCCACUACAGGGACUUCCGUGUUGUUAAGUUACUUUAGUUGCCUAACUGAUGCUGGAUGUCCUCGCGCUGUGCAUGAGGACAUCCAGUGUCAUGCCGUGCAUGCGCAUUAUGUCACCUCCUGCUGGUUGGCGUUGGCAGUGGAGGAACAGAGGCGGAGCCUGAACCAGCGCAGGCGGAUAUCGGUGCUGGAAUCAGGUAAGUGACAAAAGAUUUUUUUUAACCUCUUCUGCACCAUGUUGGGGAGGCGGAACGAAGGUGGGGGACACUAUAGAGAGCUAUAGUGCUAGGAAAACAACGUUGUUUUCCUGACACUGUGGUUUCCCUUUAAAUGUGAUAAAUGUUUGAACAUUAAGGUUAAGGUUUUCAUUGAGCUGUUGGAUUUAAACCUUUUGGCCUCCACAGUUGCUGAGUCACUAAAUAAACUGUUUGUGAUGAUCCAUGAAAGGAUUAAUGAAGAGUCUCAGGGUCAGCUCAUUGAGAAAGUUCCUCAUUACUGGUAUUAUAAAUAUACAGUUAUGCAACCCUUUGUAUGUAUAUAAAUGUGUGUGUGUGUGUGAGUAGAUAUUGCAUUGCGUGUUAUGUUAUACAUACAGUGUAAUCAGUGUGUGAUGUAUUGUUACGAAAUAAUUUCUCCUCAGAUAUUUACAAUGUUUGGGGAUCCUGAGCUACGGGCCAAUUUUUCCUUAGAACUGGAUAUGAGCUGGGGCGUAGUACUAAGAGCAUAUCGCAGCCUGACACCUGAAGGAAAAGAGGAUAAUGGGAACAAGGUCAGUAACUUUCAUCUAGGCCCUGAGUGCCUUAUUACCCUGUAACAUCUUAUUACAGUAACCCGGCUCCCGAGUGCCUUAUUACCCUGUAACAUCUUAUUACAGUAACCCGGCUCCCGAGCGCCUUAUUACCCUGUAACAUCUUAUUACAGUAACCCGGCUCCCGAGUGCCUUAUUACCCUGUAACAUCUUAUUACAGUAACCCGGCUCCCGAGUGCCUUAUUACCCUGUAACAUCUUAUUACAGUAACCCGGCUCCUGAGUGCCUUAUUACCCUGUAACAUCUUAUUACAGUAACCCGGCUCCCGAGUGCCUUAUUACCCUGUAACAUCAAUACAGUAACCCGGCUCCUGAAAGCCUUAUUACUACUUGCGCAUCUUAUUACAGUAACCCCGAUAAAGUGCCUUGUAUUCUGUAACAUCUUAUUACAGUAACCCGACAGAGUGCCUUAUUACCCUGUAACAUCUUAUUACAGUAACCCGGCUCCUGGUACUUUUCUUGCCCCUGGCCAUCUUAACCCAAAUAGCGGCUCCUGGCGCCUUAUUACCCUGUAACAUUUUAUUACAGUAACCGGCUCCUGAGUGUAUUACCCUGUAACAUCUUAUUACAGUACUUGGCUCCUGAGUGCCUUAUUACCCGUAACAUCUUAUACAGAAACCCGGCUCUAAGCGCCAAUACCCUGUAACAUUUUAUUCUGGUAACCUGGCUCCUGAGCGCCUUAUUACCCUGUAACAUCUUAUUACGGUAACCCGGCUCUUGAGCGCCUUAUUACCCUGUAACAUCUUAUUACAGUAACCCGGCUCCUGAGUGCCUUAUUACCCUGUAAAUUCUUAUUACGGUAACCCGGCUCCUGAGUGCCUUAUUACACUGUAACAUCUUAUUACAGGAACCCAGCUCCUGAGUGCCUUGUUACCCUGUAACAUCAUAUUACAGUAACCCGGCUCCUGAGUGCCUUAUUACCCUGUAACAUAUUAUUACAGUAACCCGGCUCCUGAGUGACUUAUUACCCUGUAACAUCUUAUUACAGUAGCCCAGCUCCUGAGUGCCUUAUUACCCUGUAACAUCUUAUUACAGUAACCCAGACCCUGAGUGCCUUAUUACCCUGUAACAUAUUAUUACAGUAACCCGGCUCCUGAGUGACUUAUUACCCUGUAACGUCUUAUUACAGUAGCCCAGCUCCUGAGUGCCUUAUUACCCUGUAACAUCUUAUUACAGUAACCCGGCUCCUGAGUGACUUAUUACCCUGUAACGUCUUAUUACAGUAACCUGAGUGCCUUAUUACCCUGUAACAUCUUAUUACAAUAACCCGGCUCCUGAGUGCCUUAUUACCCUGUAACAUCUUAUUACAGUAACCCGGCUCCUGAGCGUCUUAUUGCCCUGUAACACAAGCAUGUCAAACUCGCGGGCCGCAUGCGGCCCACAAGGACCAUCUUUGCGGCCCGGCGAGCUGCGAGUACAUGCCUAAUGUUCCAAGCAGGGUAGGCACCUACUUUCCCCACAUUGCAGGUGCCUACUCUGCUAUCAUUUACCCGGCCGGGGAGGAAGGGACGGUUGAAGCAGCGAGGGAGCUCAGUGUUCCUGCUCCUCACUACUCCCUCGCGUGCUCCGACUGAAGUGAAGCCAGGCGCCGGAAUAUGACGUCAUAUUCCGGCAUUGGCAUCACUAAACUGCGCGUGGGAGCAGUGAAGAUCAGGAAGGACCCAAGGGAGAUGCUCCAAAAGGUAAGGAGCAAUAAAGUAUGUGUGUGUAAGUGUGUGAGUGUGUGUCUGUCAGAAAGUAUAUGUGUGCGUCUGUCUGUCAGUCAGUCAGUGUGUGUGUGUCUGUCUGUCAGUAAGUAUGUGUUUGUCAGUGAGUAUGUGUGUGUGUGUCUGUCAGAAUGUGUGUGUGUGUGUCUGUCAGUGAGUAUGUGUGUCUGUCUGUGAGUAUAUGUGUGUGUGUCUGUCUGUGAGUAUGUGUGUGCGUCAGUGUCUGUAUGUGUGUGUGUGUCUGUCAGCAAGUAUGUGUGUGUCUGUCAGCAACUAUGUGUGUGUCUGUCAGUGAGUAUGUAUGUGUGUGUGUCUGUCAGUGUGUGUGUGUGUCUGUCUGUCUGUCAGUGAGUAUGUGUGUGUCUGUCAGUGAGUAUGUGUUUGUCUGUGUGUGUGUCUGUCUGUCAGUGUUUCUGUCUGUUAGUAUGUGUGUGUGUGUGUCUGUCUGUGAGUAUGUGUGUGUGUGUCAGUGUCUGUCAGCAAGUAUGUGUGUGUCUGUCAGCAAGUAUGUGUGUGUCUGUCAGUGAGUAUGUGUGUGUCUGUCAGUGUCUGUUUGUGUCUGUCUGUCAGUGAGUAUGUGUUUGUCUGUGUGUGUGUCUGUCUGUCAGUGUUUCUGUCUGUUAGUAUGUGUGUGUGUCUGUCUGUCUGUCUGUGAGUAUGUGUGUGUGUGUCAGUGUCUGUCAGCAAGUAUGUGUGUGCCUGUCAGUGAGUAUGUGUGUGUAUCUGUCAGUGUGUCUUUCUGUGAGUAUGUGUGUGUGUCUGUCAGCAAGUAUGUGUGUGUCUGUCAGUGAGUAUGUGUGUAUUUCUGUCAGUUUGUCUGUAUGUGUGUUUCUGUCAGUGUGUGUGUCUGUGAGUAUGUGUGUGUGUGUGUGUCUGUCAGUGAGUGAGUGUGUGUGUGCUGCCCACAUAAACUUAAACCUUGUUUAUGUGGCCCGUGACACACUUUGGGUUUGACAUGCUUGCUGUUACAUCUUAUUGCAGUAACCUGGCUCCUGAGCGCCUUAUUACCCUGUAACAUCUUAUUACAGUAACCCGGCUCCUGAGUGCCUUAUUACCCCGUAACAUCUUAUUACAGUAACCCGGCUCCUGAGUGCCUUAUUACCCCGUAACAUCUUAUUACAGUAGCCCGGCUCCUGAGUGCCUUAUUACCCCGUAACAUAUUAUUACAGUAACCCGGCUCCUGAGUGCCUUAUUACCCUGUAACAUCUUAUUACGGUAACCUGGCUCCUGAGUGUCUUAUUACCCCGUGUAACAUCUUAUGACAGUAACCUGGCUCCUGAGUGCCUUAUUACCCUGUAACGUCUUAUUACACUAACCUGGCUCCUGAGUGCCUUAUUACCCUGUAACAUCUUAUUACAGGAGCCCGGCUCCUCAGUGCCUUAUUACACUGUAACAUCUUAUUACAGUAACCUGGCUCCUGAGUGUCUUAUUACGGUAACCCGGCUCCUGAGUGCCUUAUAACCCUAUAACAUCUUAUUACAGUAACCAGGCUCCUGAGCGCCUUAUUACCCUGUAACACAAGCAUGUCAAACUCGCGGGCCGCAUGCGGCCCACAAGGACCAUCUUUGCAGCCCGGCGAGCCGCGAGUACAUGCCUAAUGUUCCAAGCAGGGUAGGCACCUACUUUCCCCACAUUGCAGGUGCCUACUCUGCUAUCAUUUAUCCGGCCGGGGAGGAAGGGACGGUGGAAGCAGCGAGGGAGCUCAGUGUUCCUGCUCCUCACUGCUCGCUCACGUGCCCCGACUGAAGUGAAGCCAGGCGCCGGAAUAUGACAUCAUAUUACGGCAUUGGCAUCACUAAACUGCGUGUGGGAGAGGUGAAGAUCAGGAAGGACCCAAGGGAGAUGCUCCAAAAGGUAAGGAGCAAUAAAGAAAAGUAUGUGUGUGUAAGUGUGUGAGUGUGUGUCUGUCAGCAAGUAUGUGUGUGUGUCUGUCAGCAAGUAUGUGUGUGUCUGUCUGUCAGUCAGUCAGUGAGUGUUUGUGUGUGUCUGUCAGCGAGUAUGUGUGUGUCUGUCAGUGAGUAUGUGUGUGUGUGUGCCUGUCAGUAUGUGUGUGUGUGUGUCUGUCAGUGAGUAUGUGUGUGUCUGUCUGUGAGUAUAUGUGUGUGUCUGUCUGUGAGUAUGUGUGUGUGUCAGUGUCUGUAUGUGUGUGUGUGUCUGUCAGCAAGUAUGUGUGUGUCUGUCAGUGAGUAUGUGUGUGUGUGUGUCUGUCAGUAUGUGUGUGUCUGUCAGUGUGUGUGUGAGUCUGUCAGUGAGUAUGUGUGUGUCUGUGUGUGUGUGUGUCUGUGUGAGUCUGUCAGUGUGUCUGUCUUUUAGCAUGUGUGUGUGUGUCUGUCUGUCUGUGAGUAUGUGUGUUUGUGUCAGUGUCUGUCAGCAAGUAUGUGUGUAUCUGUCAGUGAGUAUGUGUGUGUAUCUGUCAGUGUGUCUGUCUGUGAGUAUGUGUGUGUCUGUCAGCAAGUAUGUGUGUGUCUAUCAGUGAGUAUGUGUGUGUGUCUGUAUUUGUGUUUCUGUCAGUGUGUGUGUCUGUGAGUAUGUGUGUGUGUGUGUCUGUCAGUGAGUGAGUGUAUGUGUGCUGCCCACAUAAACCUAAACCUUGUUUAUGUGGCCGUGACACACUUUGAGUUUGACAUACUUGCUGUAACAUCUUAUUACAGUAACCGGGCUCCUGAGUGCCUUAUUACCCUGUAACAUCUUAUUACAGUAACCUGGCUCCUGAGCGCCUUAUUACCCUGUAACAUUUUAUUACAGUAACCCGGCUCCUGAGUGCCUUAUUACCCUGUAACAUCUUAUUACAGUAACCCGGCUCCUGAGUGCCUUAUUACACUGUAACAUCUUAUUACAGUAACCCGACUCCUGAGUGCCUUAUUACCCUGUAACAUCUUAUUACAGUAACCCGGCUCCUGAGUGCCUUAUUACAAUGUAACAUCUUAUUACAGUAACCCAGCUCCUGAGUGCCUUAUCACCCUGUAACAUCUUAUUACAGUAACCUGGCUCCUGAGUGCCUUAUUACCGUGUAACAUCUUAUUACAGUAACCUGGCUCCUGAGUGCCUUAUUACCCUGUAACAUCGUAUUACAGUAACCAGGCUCCUGAGUGCCUUAUUACCCUGUAACAUCGUAUUACAGUAACCAGGCUCCUGAGUGCCUUAUUACCCUGUAACAUCUUAUCACAGUAACCCGGCUCCUGAGCGCCUUAUUACCCCGUGUUAAGACACCUCUAGUGUCUUUAAGCUAAACCGCCGUUUAGUAGAUCUUCCCCGGCUGCAGUACAGUCUCCGUUCGCUUACUCUGUAACACACGAAUCAAAUGCAGGGGAAGCGGGAAUCUCCCGAUCGAGAUCUGUGAACGGCUCCAAACUCCCGAACGGCAAUACACGAACUGCUGGUAACCGUCGAACAGCAAUAUUCCCCAAGCGGCUUUCGUUCCAUCCAGCAGUCUCUAAACGUGAAGAAGAAAUCCCCCCAAUAACGAGACAGAAGCUCCGCAUUGAGGGUCAAACAGGAUCUGGCUUUACUGUGGGCUACCUGCCCGUAUUUAUGCAGGUCUCCCACCUGGUGGACACUCCCCUAGGGGACCAAAUGGAAGACUUAAAUUACAGACAGAUAUGGGGACAUUCCAGACACACAGUCACAGAUUUUACCCACAGUGCAUUAUGAUUCCCUCCCCUCUGCCCUGGAGUUAAUUCCCAAGUAACUCAAUUAACUCCAGGACAAAGCCAGUCGCCAUCUUAGACAUAAAAUAAUAAAAGACAUAAAAAUAUAUAAUUUCAUAAAAACCGAACAUUUCCCAUUCGUAUUACAUGUCCCCAGAUAGCCUGGAUCUGAGUGCAUAUUAUUAGCGAAUAGCGCUCAGAUCCCACACACAUAGUUCAAUCGCCACGGAGUCAAAGUUCUUAUAGUCUUUCAGUAUACGAAUGACUCCAUGGGAAGGCUAUCUGGGUUAAGUCUUUUCGUAUGCUCUCAAUCUCCCGAACGGCCGGUGUUCGCAUGCUUUCGUGGAGGCAGCCAGGCGUUCCGUUGUUUCAGCGGUGUUCGGCAGAAAAAGUGUCCGUUUUCAGUUCCAUAGAAAUAGAGCCAAACACCGCUGGGCGUUCGCUUGAUUUAAAAUGGCCGCUGCCUCGUGGUCGACAUACGAACGACGACCACCCUGAAUUCGGUUUAAUUGAGAAGUGUCUGCGGUUAACCACAACGUUCUAAUUGGGAUCACUUCGUUAACCAGCAGCACACUCCUCACUUGGGUGGCCGUUCGUUCGGCGGUUUGUUCGGGAAAAAGAGUCAUUCGAAUGGCUGGGCUAUAGAAACCAGCCAUUCAUACGAACGGGGGACAAACAGACGAAUGCAGUAAAAAUCCAAGCCGACAGAUGGUUCUGUCACACCCUGUAACAUCUUAUUACAGUAACCUGGCUCCUGAGUGCCUUAUUACCCCGUAACAUCUUAUUACAGUAACCCAGCUCCUGAGUGACUUAUUACACUAUAACAUCUUAUUACAGUAACCCGGCUCCUGAGCGCCUUCUUACCCCGUAACAUCUUAUUACAGUAACCCGGCUCCUGAGCGCCUUAUUACCCUGUAGCAUCGUAUUACAGUAACCCGGCUCCUGAGUGCCUUAUUACCCUGUAACAUCUUAUUACAGUAACUCAGCCCCUGAGUGCCUUAUUACCCUGUAACAUCUUAUUACAGUAACCUGGCUCCUGAGUGCCUUAUUACUCUGUAACAUCUUAUUACAGUAACCCAGCUCCUGAGUGCCUUAUUACCCCGUAGCAUCUUAUUACAGUAACCCGGCUCCUGAGUGCCUUAUUACCCUGUAACAUCUUAUUACAGUAACCGGGCUCCUGAGUGCCUUAUUACCCCAUAACAUCUUAUUACAGUAACCUGGCUCCUGAGUGCCUUAUUACCCUGUAACAUCUUAGUACAGUAACCCAGCUCCUGAGCGCCUUAUUACCCUGUAACAUCUUAUUACAGUAACCUGGCUCCUGAGUGCCUUAUUACCCCAUAACAUCUUAUUACAGUAACCUGGCUCCUGAGUGCCUUAUUAUCCUGUAACAUCUUAUUACAGUAACCUGGCUCCUGAGUGCCUUAUUACCCUGUAACAUCUUAUUACAGUAACCCAGCUCCUGGGUGCCUUAUUACCCUGUAACAUCUUAUUACAGUAACCCGGCUCCUGAGUGCCUUAUUACCCUGUAACAUCUUAUUACAGUAACCCGGCCCCUGAGUGCCUUAUUACCCUGUAACAUCUUAUUACAGUAACCGGCUCCUGAGUGCCUUAUUACCCUGUAACAUCUUAUUACAGUAACCCGGCUCCUGAGUGCCUUAUUACCCUGUAACAUCUUAUUACAGUAACCCGGCUCCUGAGUGCCUUAUUACCCUGUAACAUCUUAUUACAGUAACCCGGCUCCUGCGUGCCUUAUUACCCUGUAACAUCUUAUUACAGUAACCCAGCUCCUGAGUGCGUUAUAACCCUGUAACAUCUUAUUACAGUAACCCGGCUCCUGAGUGCCUUAUUACCCUGUAACAUCUUAUUACAGUAACCCGGCUCCUGAGUGCCUUAUUACCCUGUAACAUCUUAUUACAGUAACCCUGAGUGCCUUAUUACCCUGUAACAUCUUAUUACAGUAACCUGGCUGCUGAGUGCCUUAUUACCCUGUAACAUCUUAUUACAGUAACCCGGCUCCUGAGUGCCUUAUUACCCUGUAACAUCUUAUUACAGUAAUCCUGAGUGCCUUAUUACCCUGUAACAUCUUAUUACAGUAACUUGGCUCCUGAGUGCCUUAUUACCCUGUAACAUCUUAUUACAGUAACCUGGCUCCUGAGUGCCUUAUUACCCUGUAACAUCUUAUUACAGUAACCCGGCUCCUGAGCGCCUUAUUACCCUGUAACAUCUUAUUACAGUAACCCGGCUCCUGAGCGCCUUAUUACCCUGUAACAUGUUAUUACAGUAACCCGGCUCCUGAGCGCCUUAUUACCCUGUAACGUCUUAUUACAGUAACCCGGCUCCUGAGCGCCUUAUUACCCUGUAACAUCUUAUUACAGUAACCCGGCUCCUGAGCGCCUUAUUACCCUGUAACAUCUUAUUACAGUAACCCUGCUCCUGAGUGCCUUAUUACCCUGUAACAUCUUAUUACAGUAACACAGCUCCUGAGUGCCUUAUUACCCUGUAACAUCUUAUUACAGUAACACAGCUCCUGAGUGCCUUAUUACCCCUGUAACAUCUUAUUACAGUAACCCGGCUCCUGAGUGCUCUAUUACCCUGUGAUAUAAUUUAUAGAUAUAGUCCUCCUUAUGUGAGCCUUAUUAUCAUUAACGAUAUAGAGCUAUGUAGUAACUUGAGGGGAUCAUUACAUCCAUAGUGUGACUCAGACGCUCUUUCAGAUUUUUCUCUGUUUUGGAAACAAACCCCUCUGGUUUUUGUGUAUUGUGAAAAUAACAAAGUCAGCACAGAGCCUGACUCCCAGCACAGUUUGUUCCUAUCACAGUGAGUUUCUCUGUAGAUGUGAUUAUUCUCAGAGUGAGAGACCGCUCGGCUUUCUGGGUAAUCCUUAAUAUCAAUAGAAGGGUCUUCCUUCCACUUGACUCUCGUCUAGACUCUAUAAAUCAGGGUUGUCUUCUGACUCUCCUGAUUUCUCUUCCACCCUGUGGCCAUUUCCCACCAGAACCAGCUAACCUUACAAUGACCUUUCUUAUACCAGCUAAUUUCUCUCCUCCUUCCACUUCCAUUAUACAUUCUCUCUAUUAUCAAUCUUUUGAAGUCCACGUCACGUCUAUCUCCCUGUGGAAAUAAUGCACACACCCUUCAUGCCACUUCCCCAAUCUUGUUUCGCUCCUCUUUCUUUGUUUUCCUAACUUUUUUGUUGAUAUCCUUUUUUUCCAGUCCCCUCAUCUUGCUUAUUUACUAAAAGUUUAUUUUUCUAUGGUGGUUUACCAUUUCCCUCCUCCCUACUUCCCAGGGCUCACCACCCCUCCCCUCCUCCCUCUUCCACAAUCCUCCUCUCCCUCUCUGUGCUGGGUUGGUAUUUAAUCCCUUGAUGAUAUCAGGCAAGGCUGAGGAUUUCAAAAGAAAACUUUCCACAACAGCUUAACAGAGAGGAAAGGGGACGUCAAGGACAACUCUUAGAAAAGGAAAAUAAAAGGGUCUGGUGGGAACAGCCACCGAGGGUAGUAGAUGCAUGUUUGCAGGGCAGUCAUGACAGAGAAGAUGUGAUAGUGCCUUAGGUAAUGAACGGAGAAAGUAUCUGAGAUUGAAGAAGACAAUGAGUGAAACAGAGAGAAAAACCGAGAUUGUGCAAGAGGGAAGCAAGAGGCAGGCUUUUUCGCAGAAGACUGGAGUUUGCAAAGAACAAGAAGGAGGCGGGAGCUGAUAAGAGAGGUGUAGAAUAGUUUUAGAAGAUCACAGUGUGCUGUAAAGUUGACUAUCAAUAAAUGAAGCUAUCAGUAACAUCAUCGAGAAAGUAUCAUAGAGAGGACGCCUGUGACCUGGGACAGGUGGAGGGAAUGUCUACCUGCAAAUGACUGACACAGGAACCAAUGUCACCAUAGAGACCAAGUAUUAGUCCAAGGUUGUUAGAAUGUAACUCAAUUUAAUCCCAGAAUUUCUACCAGAUUCCGGUUAAUUGCUACGGGGCUUCGCAUAUCAAAAGGUUAUACGGGAUUACAGUGCUUCUUAGUACAUUUACUGGAUUUAAAGUGCAGUGUUUCAAGACUAUCUCUGGAUUUGUAGACAAAUAUUUCAACAUAUAUUUUUUUCUGGAUUCAUAGAACAAGAUUAGCAGUGGAUUCUCAAUCACCAUUCCAAAAUUAUCCUUGGAUUUAUAGACUGCCACCCCAGCAAUAACCCACUAAUCACACAUUAAAAGGCAAUCUGAGGAUCUAUAGACUGCCAUAUCAGGAUUAUCACAAAAUUUAGACUGGAUUACCCCAGUGUGUGGGGUAAUAUAACAGUGUAGCAGAGAAGAAUUUUAGGUAUUGAAGAUAUUAUAUAUGAUCAAAAGUUUUAAAAAAAUGCAAUUUAUUUAGCAUCACUAGUGGAUUAUCCUGGGAUUUUAUCGAAUGCCAGUCCAGGAUUAUUUCUGCAAUUUUAAAUGACUAUUGAUGGAUUUAGUCCAGGAUUAUAUCAGGAUUUAUAGACCGUCAAACCGGAAUUAUCUCACUAUUUCUAGACUGUCAAUGCAGGGUUAAUCGAACUAUUUAAAGAUUACCUUUCAAGGAUUAUUCCAGCAGUUUGGUGGAUCCGUUGGCGGACGUUCCUGAAUGAAAUCAGGUUUCUCAGUCUGAUAGUCUGAGAUUAUCCACGGAUAUACAGGAUUAUCACAGGAAUUACAGACUGUUAGUGACGGAUUACCACAAUAUUUACAAACUAGCAGUCCAGGAUCCAUUUAGAAUAGAAAGACUCUUCUAGGCAUUUCUUAUCCAUUUGAUCUGGUGACCCUGGAUUAUUCUACAACAAAAACUUCACAGUGUCACGAAGGAUUAUGUUUGGAACGCGGAUUAGACUAUUUCCUACAGCUUCAAUGAGACAGUCUUUAUCCUCUUUGCAAUUUUUCAUCUACCAAUAACUCUCCAUUUUUUUGGUUUAUCAGUCCGUUUUUGUUCUUCGCAACUUUCUUCCUAUUUAACCUACUGGUCUGUCUUCUCCUCUUCUCUCUUUCUUUCUCCACUUUCUCUCUCUCUUUCUCUCAAAGUUCGGAUUAUGUUGGCAGAGCUGGUGUUACUUUGUUUUGCUUCGUGAGACGUGGUCCAGUGGGACUCUGACAUACACAGACAGAUGUCAGACGAGGAGCAAUCCCCAGAACCCAAACCCUCUCGGGCCAUGGGCAAGGAAAUUACUAUGGUAAUCUCUGUCUCUGUCUUUCUCUCCCCUUGGGAGUACGUGCAUGGUAAAGAGGUAUUUGUUAUUAUUCCCUAGAACAUAUGCAUAUAAGAAGAUCUCUGUGUAACGACUGCACUUACUGUACCUCCUUAAAAUAAUACAGGGUAUCACUACUGCAUUUACUGUACCUCCUUGUUAUACACAGGGUAUCACUACUGCACUUACUGUACCUCCUUAUUAUACUCAGGGUAUCACUACUGCACUUACUGUACCUCCUUAUUAUACUCAGGGUAUCACUACUGCACUUACUGUACCUCCUUAUAAUACACAGAGUAUCAAUACUGCACUUACUGUACCUCCUUAUUAUACUCAGGGUAUCACUACUGCACUUACUGUACCUCCUUAUUAUACUCAGGGUAUCACUACUGCACUUACUGUACCUCCUUAUUAUACUCAGGGUAUCACUACUGCACUUACUGUACCUCCUUAUAAUACACAGAGUAUCAAUACUGCACUUACUGUACCUCCUUAUUAUACUCAGGGUAUCACUACUGCACUUACUGUACCUCCUUAUAAUACACAGAGUAUCAAUACUGCACUUACCGUACUUCCUUAUAAUACACAGGGUAUCACUACUUCACGUACCAUACCUCCUUAUAAUACACAGGGUAUCACUACUGCACUUACUGUACCUUCUUAUAAUACACAGGGUAUCACUACUGCACUUACUGUACCUUCUUAUAAUAAUUCAGGGGAUCACUGCUGCACUUACCGUACCUCCUUAUAAUAACACAGGGUAUCACUACUGCACUUACCGUACCUCCUUAUAAUACACAGAGUAUCACUACUGCAUUUACUGUACCUCCUUAUAAUACAGAGUAUCACUACUGCACUUACCGUACCUCCUUAUAAUACACAGAGUAUCACUACUACACUUACCGUACCUCCUUAUAAUACACAGAGUAUCACUACUACACUUACUCUACCUCCUUAUAAUAACACAGGGUAUCACUACUGCACUUACCGUACCUCCUUAUAAUACACAGAGUAUCACUACUGCAUUUACUGUACCUCCUUAUAAUACACAGAGUAUCACUACUGCACUUACCGUACCUCCUUAUAAUACACAGAGUAUCACUACUACACUUACUCUACCUCCUUAUAAUAACACAGGGUAUCACUACUGCACUUACCGUACCUCCUUAUAAUACACAGAGUAUCACUACUGCAUUUACUGUACCUCCUUAUAAUACACAGAGUAUCACUACUGCACUUACCGUACCUCCUUAUAAUACACAGAGUAUCACUACUACACUUACUCUACCUCCUUAUAAUAACACAGGGUAUCACUACUGCAUUUACUGUACCUCCUUAUAAUAAAACAGGGUAUCAGUACUGCACUUACUGUACCUCCUUAUAAUACACAGAGUAUCACUACUGCAUUUACUGUACCUCCUUAUAAUACACAGAGUAUCACUACUACACUUACUCUACCUCCUUAUAAUAACAAAGGGUAUCACUACUGCACUUACUGUAUCCUCUUAAUAUACAGUUUAACAUCUGUCCUUACUGUGUAUAACCUACCGAAUAGUGGUGAAUUAAACAUUUAAAUUGCUAAAUUCAGGGUAAAAUACCCCAGAUGUGACCAUAGCUGAGUUGUAGUCCUUUUACAAGUCAACUAAAUUCACUAUAAUUCACUCUUUAGUGAAUAAACCCCAACAGUGUGAAAUGUCUUAACGUUUAUGUACUUGAGCCAUGUCUAGUUAGAUAUAAAAACAUGUCCUGGUUAGUAUCUAACCUUCCGGGGUAAAUGUUACACAUGGGCUGCUUGCAUAAUACCUGCCUAUGACCUCAGCUGAACCCUACUGAUGCUUUAACAUGCUUCUUGUGUACGUUAUCAAAUCGCUAUUUAUAUAAGAAGAUCCGAGUAGGAUGUCAAACAUAAUAAGAGGUGUCGGGGGUUAUGGACAAAGUGAAAUAGGGGAGGUUUCAGAGAUGAAAGAUUUAGAGGGGAUGACAGGGAUUUGGGGCCAGGACAGAGGGCAAGCGUCAGGGUUCUUGGACCUAAGGAUGGAGAAAGGGUGUUGGGACCUGGUCCUUGAGAAAGAGGAAUGCUGCAUUGGGUUUUAAGAUAGAGAGAUGGGGUUGCAGAUAAUUCGGGUCUAUGGAUGGAUGAUCGUUGUUAGCGAAUGUUUUUUUCUAGAAUUUUAUUAGGUUUAUCAAGAUAUGGAAGAGAAGCCUGUGUGGGUUCUGGAUCUAUGUCGGAAUGACUUUUCCAGACGCGGGGGAUGGUCGGAAUAUUUUGGGGUUUUCAAUGGACAUAUGAAGAAGAGUAUUUUUUGAAUCCAGAUCUGAUAGAGGCGUGUUAGGAGUUAUGAAAUUAGGGAUGGAGCAGAAUAGGGUGUAUAUUACUCUAAGAAAGAAGGAACAGGGAUUAGGUCACAUUUGAAGGGAGUCAAUAAAAUGAGUGUUUGUGGAUGGUAUGAUCCAUGUGGAAAGUGACCCAUUUGCCAGUAUUAGCUGAUUUGUCCCCCUCCGACCCACUCUCCUUGUCAUUCUGCAGGGGUUUAUAUUAAGUGUCUUUAGAAAUGUACCUGUGAUUAAUUGGACAUUUCUCCUGUAAGAACUGUUCUUGUACAGGAGUCUGCAGUGACUAACGAAAACCCCUCUAGUUUAUUGCAGUUUAUAUUAAGGAUUGAAACAUUUUUCUAAGAAUGUUGUGUUUUAAAUGUUGGUAGUUGUUUGACGUAAAAAAUAUUGGGAUGUUAUUGACAGGUGUCAUAAUUCUCUUGUAAAUUAAGUUUCUAAACUUAGUGUCAGAAUACUUUGGGUUAGAGGGCUUAGAUUUGAUUUUAGGGUGAGGAGUACACGCCUUUAAGAUGCUGUGGACUGCAAAUGCCAUCAUUCUCAGCCACAGUUAGUGUUAGAACCCCAAUCCUUUAAUGCUAUACUGCCAUAACUUUAAUAUUAAACCCCUGUAUCCACUGAACCCAUGCUGCAGUAUGUUGAAUGCGCCACUGUUAUAUAUAGUUCCUAGAAUGACUGGAGCUCUUAAAAAUCACUGGGAGAGCAUUGUACAGCGCUGCAGAAUUUGUUGGCGCUUUGUAAAUAAUAAUGAUAAUGCCGCUAAAUUGCCAAAGAUCAACUAAAAAGUGACUAGGUCUAACUUUUAUUAAAUGCUGAAAUCAUUGUCCUGUAUGAUGUAUUUGUUUUUUUAAAUGUGUCCCCAGAUAAAAUAUAAAAGUGAUUUCCCCAUAGUAAUCUGUUUUACGGCUCCCUGAAGACGGCCUUUGGCAGGGGUGGCAUGUUUUGGUAAUAUGAGGGCUGGUGUCAGCAUUAGCAGGGAGGCCAGGAUCUCAUGCUGGUAGGGGGAGGGGAGCUGGUUAAACCGGACCAGUCGCUUUGCAUGGAACCUGGUGGUUUAACCUUGUUGUGACUUGGCGUGUGUCCCUUGGGACAGAGUGUGGGCACAAAAGAGCCUUCCAGCUUACUGCGUUUAUACCACUACACCUGUGUAAUAAUCUAUAUGAAAUCUUUCUCUUUAGUACAUAGGCUGUUUAGCGUAACACAUGAUUUGGAUAGGUUUCUGCCCCAGGUCAGGGAAAAAAUGCUUGUAUGCAUUAGGAAGACAUGUUAUUUGACCCUUUGUGUGCCAGAACAGUUUGACUGCCAUUCUAGUUCUUCUUUGGUUAAAAUGAGUGUCAGAUCUACAAAGAGACUAAUAUUAUAAAUGGAGUUUAAAAUGUGGGUUUGCCGAGAGACAGAGACACACACACAAACACACACACUACAAUAAGCCAAUACAGUUAAGGUGUAGUAAAAGGUGAUUUAAAACCCCUUCCACCCACAGCCGGUGCAAGACUAUUUUGCGCUCUAGGCAAGACCAUCUACUUGCGCCCCCCUAAAAAAACAAAAAUUGCCAACUUUGUGUGCCUUUUUACAUGUCUCUUUCUCACCCAACAUCUCUUUGUGUGUCUCUUUUUCCCCUUCCUUAGCCCCUCUGUGUGUCUCUUUCUCCCCCUAGCCCCUUUGUGUGUCUCUUUCUCUUUUCAGCCCUUCUGUGCAUCUCUUUGUCCUCCCGAGCCCCUCUGUGUUUCUCUUUGUCGUCGUCCAAGCCGCACUGUGUCUCUUUGUCCUUCUAGCAUCUCUCUGUGUCUCUUUAUUAUCCAACAUCUCUUUCUCCCCUAGCCCCCCCUGACCUUUUCUGUGUCUCUAUUCACCCCCAGCCCUUCUGUGUCUUUCUUUGUCCCCCAGCCCUUUUGUGUCUCUCUUGGCCCACCCUAGCACUUGUGUCCUUUCCCCCCAGCCCCCUGUCUUUUCUCUCCCUCACAGCCCUCUGUGUGCCUCCCCCAGCUUUCUGUGUGCCUCUUUGUUCCCUCUAGUCCUCUGUGUGCCUUCCCCCAGCACUCUGUGUGCCUUUUCAUGUGCCUCAUUAACCUCCCCCGGCACCUCCCCCCACCCCCGACCGAGACGAGGGACACACUGAGACUAGGAACACAGUGAGACCAGGAACACAGUGAGACCAUGCACACACUGAGACUAGGAACACACUGAUACCAGGAACACACUGAGACCAGGAACACACUAAGAACAAAAACACACUGAGACCAGGAGCACAGUGAGACCAGAAACACACUGAGACCAGGAACACACUGAGACAAUGAAUGCACUGAGACCAGGAACACAGGGAGACCAGGAACACACUGAGACAAGCAACACACUGAGACCAGGAACACACUGAGACCAGGAACGCACUGAGACCAGGAACGCACUGAGACCAGGAACACAGUGAGACCAGGAACACACUGAGACCAGGAACACACUGAGACCAGGGACACAGUGAGACCAGGAACACACUGAGACAAGGAACACACUGAGACCAGGAACACACUGAGACCAGGAACACAGUGAGACCAGGAAUACAGUGAGACCAGGAACACACUGAGAUAAGAAACACACUGAGACCCUAAGUUGGAGUAAGACCAUAGUCUUUGUUUAAAGGCAUUUUAAAACACAUUGUAACAACACACUGAUAUAGUAAACUGUAACUUUAUUUCAAAACAUCUAUGACACAAAUGAACCCAACAUUGAAAAUCCAGGCAAACUGCCCAGACAGGCUCCUAAACAGCCAGUAUAAACAAAUUACGAUUAACACCCCCCAUUUAUUUAAAGUAACAGUGUUGUGUUACAAAUACAAAUCUGUACUCCUAACACUAUAAUGUCCCUCUGCCAUCCCCCUCCCUCGCACCCCCCUCCCCGGUAAAUAAAGGGUUAAAAAUAAUUUAUUUACUUACCUUAUCCCAGCACCGAUGUCCCUCGGCUCUGGGUCGAAGCUCCGCCCCUCCUCCAUCCCGCGACGAGCGGGGUCCAAUGCGCAUGUGCGGAAAAUGCUGCACACGCAUUAGACCUCCCCAUUGAAUCAAUUCUCUGGAACUGCAAUGUUUAAUACUACAGCACUAGGUGCAAAAGGGACAAAGCACACAGACUACUUCAAUGAGCAGAGGUGGUCUGGGUGCUUACAGGUUCCCUUUAAGCGGUUAAAAACCCUUUAGCUACUUACUCAAUUCCAGGCCUUCCCCAUGGGAUAGCAUUGAAUCAGUGCUUUUCAAUGAGGGAUUUUAAGAAGCUGGAUGUCCCAAUGCAAAGUGUGAGGAUGUCCAGCGUUGUUUCAGGGAGGUAAAUUGGUAGACAGCCACUAGCGGUAAUCUUAGGACUGCAAUGUAAGCAUUGCCGUUGCUCUAAAACUCCUGUGUUUUACAUUGCAUGGUUAAAGGGACAGGGAUACUGCACCCAGACCACUUUAAUUAUAUGAAGUGGUCUGGGUGCAUUUAGUGUCCAUUUAAAAAGAUAAAUAUAAAGCCUCCUUUUUGCCAUUUAAAGACUAUGACAAAUUCAAAUAAAGAUGUGAACAGGUACCAAGGAAGGAAACACAAUCUGAGGGGGCUAGGGGGGAACUGCACCUACUUUUGACGGUCCGUUUCGUAGCCAAAGGCUAAACUCCAAUCUACAAAGUGCCUGCUUAUAUAAAUUCUUCUGGCUGCAGUAAUUAUGUGCACAAAACUUGCAGUGAGGCCCUACAGGCCAAUAAAAUUAAGCUGCUACAGUGUAAGCUGCAAUGCUCAGCUCACAGAGCACAAGGCCCUAAACCCUGGCACUCACUCACAGCUACUGAAGGAGGCAGUGGAACUAUUAUCCCCUCAGUUCCUUCCAAACACAUAUAGACUUAGUGUCCCUUGUCUGGUUAAUGUAACGCUUUAUCACUGUCAGUUAGCUUGGCUAAGGACAAUGAGAGUAGCUGGCUGGAUUUUCAACAUCAACUAGGUGAAUUAGAGGGCGGCCUUGCAGCAUACAGCACUUCUUCUAACAAUAUAUUUAGUUAUUUUAAUUUACUACUUUGAUUGAAAGUACACCAACAUAUGCCACAGCGCAGUACUAGUAACACCGGGGAACACAACUGACUGGAAUCAGGUGGAGAGAUUUAUAGAAAGGGCAGGGACUAUCCAAAAGUCAAAUCCAAAAGUCUUGCAAGUAGGAACAUGCUUUGAGCUACAGUGUCAUUCAUUAACUGAGAUACAUUGUAAUUUAUUAACCCUGUAUGUGGAGCUCUUCACAAAGUAUUGCGCUUAAACAUUUCAUCGGCUCUUUAUGGGCUGCCUGCCCUGUAGACUGAGCUCUGGGCAUGAAAAAUGGUAAAUAUAUAUAUAUAAACAUAUAUACGAAAUGUCACGAAGGGGUGAGGCAUUGUUAUUAUCACAUAAAGCGCAGGCAUGCAAAGGGUUAAGAAACCUGAUGGAAAAGGUUCAUAGGAAAAUCACGUUAACACACGCAAACACACAGCACUAGUAACAGAACACCAAUAUAUACAUAGAGCCAUAACUAGUGUAACACCAAUAUAUCCAUAUACACACACAAGUAAACCCAGCCCUCUUCUUUUAUGACAUUGCUUAUUGGCACACAUGCAUGUAAAUGGAAAGAAGGAACAUAAAUGAAAAUCAUACAUGUAUGUAACACUGUUAACACCAGGAUACUUUAUUCACCCAAGACAGUACUGAAGUCACUUCGAUAUAAGCCCUAUCUUCAUAAUGUGUGGCAACAAAUAUUCACAUGUAUCUUGAUAUAAAUAUCAAGGAGUGAAAUAUAAAUAUCAGAUCCACACUGAGCUCAGUGAUCGUACACACAGCACAAGAUUGUGGUUGGCUGGCAGGGUGACUGCUUGCUGUGGCUAGCUGGCUGAUGUGGCUGGCUGGCUGCUGUGGCAGGGUGACUGGCUGAUGUGGCUGGGUAACAGCCUGCUCUGGCUGGCUGGCUGCCUGCUGUAGCUGGCUGAUGUGGCUGACUGCCUGCUGUGGUUGGCUGGCUGCUGUGGCAGGGUGACUGGCUGAUGUGACAGGGUGACUGCCUGCUGUGGCUGGCUGGCUGCUGUGUCUGAUGUGGCAGGGUGACUGCCUGCUGUGGCUGGCUGGCUGCUGUUGCUGAUGUGGCAGGGUGACUGCCUGCUGUGGCUGGCUGCCUGCUGUGGCUGGCUGAUGUGGCAGGGUGACUGCCUGCUGUGGCUGGCUGCCUGCUGUGGCAGGGUGGCUGGUUGAUGUGGCUGGCUGGUUGCUGUGGCAGGUUGACUGCCUGCUAUGGCUGGCUGCUGUGGCAGGGUGACUGCCUGCUAUGGCUAGCUGCUGUGGCAGGGUGACUGCCUGCUAUGGCUGGCUGCUGUGGCAGGGUGACUGCCUGCUGUGGCUGGCUGGCUGCUGUGGCAGGGUGACUGCCUGCUAUGGCUAGCUGCUGUGGCAGGGUGACUGCCUGCUAUGGCUGGCUGCUGUGGCAGGGUGACUGCCUGCAAUGGCUAUGGCUGCUGUGGCAGGGUGACUGCCUUCUGUGGCUGGCCUGCACUGCUGCUGUGGCAGGGUGACUGCCUGCUACUGUGAGCCUGCUGUAGGCAGGGUGACUGCCUGCUGUGGCUGGCUGGCUGCUGUGGCAGGGUGACUGCCUGCUAUGGCUGGCUGCUGUGGCAGGGUGACUGCCUGCUAUGGCUGGCUGCUGUGGCAGGGUGACUGCCUGAUGUGGCUGGCUGAUGUGGCUGGCAGGGUGGCUGAUGUGGCUGCUCCAGCUUCGAUGGCCAAAUAAUGUCCAUGCUUAUUUGCUGCCUGCAGAGUUCUCAGUUGUAUUAACUUCAAGGCAAACUUUAAGACAUAAUGUGACAUUUACAAUGAUGAUGGAAUCAUAGAUUGUAAUCUUAUUUUCUUCCCAGAAUCCAUUGCAGGAAUGGGGUGAGGAGAUUGAAGAUGGGGCCAUUUAUGGCGUGACACUGAGGAGAGUGAGGACAGAAACACCACCUGAAGACAACCUGGUACGAGAUGGACCUCUGUAUCUCAAAGUAGGAGUGACCAUUAUACAUGACAUUAGGCCGCUGCCUAGGGCCCAGCUGUUAAAGAGGCCCAGUUGCAUGAAAUUGCUAUCCUAACGAUGACAUAUGGCUUAAGAUACCACCCUACAGUUAUGACAAAAUAACAAAAUAACACACAUUUCCAAUCACAAGCUACAAUUCACUUAAUGUUAACCUAGGCCAGACACUCUGUAUCUGGUAUUUUUCACUCAGACAGGUAACAACAGAUAGCAGAUAGUGUGUUCUAUCCCAUGAAGGUGGUUUCUGCGUAACUACUCAGAAUUUACUAUUAUCUCCACAUUUAAUACAAAAGGUCAGACAGGAUUAUUUACUAAAGUGUGAAUUGUUGGGAUUUCAAAGUAAAUUUUAAAAUUAAGGCCGAAGUAGCUGAAACGGUAGCAUAGAUCACUUGGAGAAUGUUUCUAGUAUGGCUACUGCAGCCUUAACUGAAGUGUGUAACAAUACUUUAUUAGUAAGAACAUAUAUUAUGGCAGCAUACUUUUUUUUAUAUGUUUCUGCUGUUAAAAUUUUAAUUUGACAUUUUUUGUAGUUCUUUUUAUCUUUCCCUCUUUCUCUCUCUCAUGAUAACCUAUGUAGACCCCGAUGUUUAAUUUGCCUUAAUUUCCUCAUUUUCUGUGUAUAUGUUCACCCACAUCUCUCCCAACCUGUAACCUGUCACAUUCCUGUCUUUUGUCACCAUAGCCGUCUGUCAUACCCUACUACUCACGAUAUAUCUUUCUAAAGAACGUCUUGGCUACUGUAAACAAUGCCAACCGCCCCUUCUCCUUGCGAUAUAAUAAAUCAUUGUUAUCAUUGUGUUUUUCUAUAACUGUAUCAAAUCCCACAGCCUUAGAUACGUUGAAUAAAAGGAACUAAGCAAACAUAGUUUAAUUGGAAAAAACAAACCAACAGGCAUAUUUUAAAUGGCUCAUUUAACAUCAAUAGAGAAAGGGAUAGGCAAUGCAUGUGGUGGAGAAUAUGAUAUAUAGAUGACCUUGUAUAAAUUAUAAAGACACAUUAAAUAUAUAAGGUUAGGCUCCCGACCAAGGAUUUAAUAUCCAACAUACCUUCAUCAACAAUAAUUACAAACUAAGCAAUAUAUCAGUACUUUACAAGGGGUGUUGAGGAAGAACUGAUACUUGGAUGGAUGGAAAUCUUGAGAUUUUAAAGACUCAUUCCAACUCCUGUUAACCACUUUCUUAUCUUCUACAUCCUUCUUUUUCCUCCAUUCUUCGUGAUAACCUCACGUCUCCACUCAUCCUAUCUCCCUUUCUUCACAAUUGCGUGACAUCUUCAGAACCAUCUUCUUACUCUUCUUGGUCCAUUUUGAGUUCCUCCACUAUUGCCUACUCUCCACCUUUUUUUCCUCUUUAUCCUGUGUUAUUUCCCCGUAAUUUCUUCCCCAUAUAACCCACUCCCCGUUAUCCCUAGGCUGUCCCUUCUUGCCCUGGUUAUGUUCAUUAUAAGACCUGUAAAGUUCGAAGUCUACGUGCUGGAACUCUUCAGAAGCUGGUAGAGAACCUCCUGGUAGAAUAUCAAGGAACUGAUACUGCCUACGUACCUACCUUCCUGAGCACAUAUCGUUCCUUUACAAACCCCCAGAAGGUGCUGGAGCUGUUGUUGGACAGGUGAGGGAAAACAUAUUUUGUUGUGCAUACAACUGGAUUUACAUCCAGUAUUUGCUCUUCCCAGACCCCCAAAUGGAGAUCAAAAUCUUCCUAUCCCCAUAACUACCUCCUCUUGCUAAUGACAAUGCAACUAUUCUUAGAUUAUCCAACCAUUUCACUUGAGGCCCUUGAAUAGUAAACUUUAACUCAUGGAAUUAGGUUUUUUUUUAAAAAUGAAAUAAAAAAGUAAACCUUAGAGCCUGAUAUUAAAACAAAAUAAAAUGAAAUUGAACCAUGAAAUUAAAAUUGUGUGUACCCCCAGCAAGACGGCUAAGAGGUAGGAUUAAUGAGGCCUUACUGGACUGAGGGUAUUUAAAUGCCCAUCAGUCAUAUGGUUGCCACUCCUCUUCAUUAUUAUUGCCAUUUUUCUUAAGGUUGAAACCUUUUGGGAUAUAAGGUGAUUUUGGGUAGAUAGUCAACAGUAUCUGAUAACUUCAAGUGUACAUUUGUUGGACCAACUACUGGCAAGGCACCUUUAUACAGACGCAUUAAAAUUCCUGCUAUAAACAAUAAAUUACCUGGUGGCCGUUUACAAAGAGUUAUCCUGGAUGGACGGAUAGAUCCCACCUCAGAGCUGUCCAGAUGAUAAACUGAGGUUGUUUUUCUCUACAGACGCUUAGAAAAAGUGGGCAAUGAAGAAACUCUUCCUCCUGGAAGCCCAGUUCCAGAUGUCCUGCGUGUACAGAGGUCAGUGUGAAAAUUGAGAGGUCACAGUGCAUUAAUAGAAUACCCAUGUGUUCAUUGAGAAUAUGACCUAUAAUUUCUGGAGUUAUGAUUAUUGACAGUGGUGUAUGGAAAUCCCUCUGUUAUAAGGUAACAUACUAGCCAUGGCUCCUGGGCAGGUAGGUAUAGUGUUAGUGUGGGAAGAUAUAGGUGUGAAUUAAAACUGGAUCGCAGUCUGGUAAUACUGGACCUGUAGGUCUAUCAAAUAUAACGAGAGAAAGAAUUGUGAUGUCAGUAUGUUCAGGACAUUGUUUUAUGCAAUAAUGUAAUUAGUAGGAGUCAACAUGAUUUUGUAAUUAAUUAUGCCUCUCCUUAAAACAUCCGCAACCCCAGUUUAUAAAUGGAUUGGUAAUGUAUUUUACAUUCUAAGCUUUGUUUUCAUGUUCAAAACUUUCCAGGCAAUUACUGCUAAACUACUACUGAUAUCACAGGUCUGGGGAUCAAACUGUGCCAGCCAGAAGAAUUGUCUAUCCAUGUAUUUCCUAUGUGGCUGAGUUAAUAAAUAGAUCCCCGUAGCUAGGUUUUUAUGAUAAUAUCAUACUGUAUAAUCAGCCAUUAAGAGCUGAAUUAAGAUUGCCCAGGGGCCCAGGCAGCAUUCUAGAUCAUGGUCUCCUCUUAGAGCCCCAUGCUCUGUUUCAGUGAGUAUUGUGUAUAUGGGAGGAGGGAGGGAGACUGCGUGUUGUGUCUGUGUGUGAAAGCGUGUGUAGUGGCUGAGGGUUGUGUGUGAAAGCAUGUGUAGUGGCUGAGGGUUGUGUGUGAGAGUGUGUAGUGGCUGAGGGUUAGUGUGUGAGAGUGUGUAGUGGCUGAAUGUUGUGUGUAUGGGCGGUGGGGAUACCGAGUGUUGUGUGUGUAGUGGCUGACUGUUGUGUGUAGUGGCUGAGUGUUGUGUGUAGUGGCUGAAUGUUGUGUGUGUGAUAGUGUGUGAGGGCUGGAUCUUUGCAUUCGCAAAACGUGUGUGCUGAGGGUUGUGUGUGAAAGCGUGUGUAGUGGCUGAGGGUUAGUGUGUGAGAGUGUGUAGUGGCUGAGGGUUAGUGUGUGAGAGUGUGUAGUGGCUGAAUGUUGUGUGCAUGGGCGGUGGGGAUACCGAGUGUUGUGUGUGUAGUGAUUGAGUGUUGUGUGUAGUGGCUGAGUGUUGUGUGUAGUGGCUGAAUGUUGUGUGUGUGAUAGUGUGUGGUGGCUGAGGGGUGUGUGUGCAGUGGCUGAAUGUUGUGUGUAUGGGCGGUGGGGACACUAAGUGUUGUGUGUGUAGUGACUGUGUGUUGUGUGUAGUUGCUGAGUGUUGUGUGUAGUGACUGAGUGUUGUGUGUAGUGGCUGAAUGUUGUGUGUAGUGGCUGAGUGUUGUGUGUAGUGGCUGAAUGUUGUGUGUGUGAUAGUGUGUAGUGGCUGAGGGGUGUGUGUGCAGUGGCUGAAUGUUGUGUGUAUGGGCGGUGGGGACACUAAGUGUUGUGUGUGUAGUGACUGUGUGUUGUGUGUAGUUGCUGAGUGUUGUGUGUAGUGGCUGAGUGUUGUGUGCAGUGGCUGAAUGUUGUGUGUGUGAUAGUGUGUGGUGGCUGAGGGGUGUGUGUGCAGUGGCUGAAUGUUGUGUGUAUGGGCGGUGGGGACACUAAGUGUUGUGUGUGUAGUGACUGUGUGUUGUGUGUAGUUGCUGAGUGUUGUGUGUAGUGACUGAGUGUUGUGUGUAGUGGCUGAAUGUUGUGUGUAGUGGCUGAAUGUUGUGUGUGUGAUAGUGUGUAGUGGCUGAGGGGUGUGUGUGCAGUGGCUGAAUGUUGUGUGUACAGGCAGUGGGGACACUAAGUGUUGUGUGUGUAGUGACUGUGUGUUGUGUGUAGUUGCUGAGUGUUGUGUGUAGUGACUGAGUGUUGUGUGUGAGAGUGUAUAGUGGCUGAGCGUUGUGUGUGUAGUGGCUGAAUGUUGUGUGUGAGUAUGUAGUGGCUGAAUGUUGUGUGUAUGGGCGGUGGGGAUACUGAGUGUUGUGGUGUGUAGUGACUGUGUUGUGUGUAGUUGCUGAGUGUUGUGUGUAGUGGCUGAGUGUUGUGUGUAGUUGCUGAGUGUUGUGUGUAGUGGCUGAGUGUUGAGUGUAGUUGUUGAGUGUUGUGUGUAGUGGCUGAGUGUUGUGUGUGAGAGUGUGUAGUGGCUGAGGGUUGUGUGUGUAGUGGCUGAAUGUUGUGUGUGAGUGUGUAAUGGCGGAGGGUUGUGUGUGUAGUGACUGAGUGUUUUGUGUGGAGAAAACUGAGAGCUGUAUAUGGGAUGUGGGGGGGUGUCCUUGGUUAAUAGGAAGGUGACUGAGUAAAUUUGUGGUCGGCAAAUAAUUGCAAAUGAAUCAUAUUUUUAAUGGUUAAGCUUCAUGUGAACUUUGUUGAAUCUGAUUGCUUAGUAGGGGAUAUGUUUGUUUCAAUCUUCAUUAUAUUGAAAUGGUUAGUAGUGGAUUAGUUUGUUUGAUUAAAUUAGACCGGUAGGUAAGGGGAUCUCUUUCAUCCCCUCUUUAUUGACUUCAUCAUUCAUUUAUUUUUGUGUUGUGAUUGUCUUCAUUUAAUAAAAAUGCUUCAUACAACAAUAAUUAUGUCAAGUCCUUAGUGAGCAAUCCUUGGUAAUCGUCUGAUCAAAUCCUAAUACUAAGUUUCAGAAUUUGUGUUUGGGUUGUUUGUUGUUGUUUUUUUGUUUUUUUUACUCUUAAAUCCUAAAAUGUUUAGAUAACUCCUAAUUAGACGAACGCACCACAAUAGACCCAUUCUCUUAUGCUUCAUUUCAGGGUUAUCCGGGGCAUUCUCCAGACCUGGUUAGAGACACAUCCUCAAGAUUUUCUAGAUACCCCUCAAUGCCUACAUCUCAUCUCGUCCUACCUAACCCAUGAUAGCCGUGAGACCUCAAAUCACCUUCUUCACCUGGUACAAAGUUUGGAAGAAGAAGGAAAACAAGACGUGACUCUGCAAGGUAAGAUUCAUUUCUUCCAGGAACCUGUGGGUAACACAGCACUCCUGUGAUAACUGAUUUUUCCGUAAAUUUAGAAUGGAGACUCUCCACGCAGCCUUCAGAACACAACAAGGAGAGCGCAGAUGCCUCAGGAAACAUCCCUGAAUUAUUGUCCUAUCCUUCCCAGGAAGUGGCCGAACAACUUACCCUGAUUGAUGUAGUAAGUGUGUGCAUGCAAUUCAUGUAUUUGUCAUUCAUUCUUAUUAUUUCCUACUUGAUUAUUUAAAGGGAAGCUACAGUCUCCAAAAUAACUUUAAUGAAGCAGUUUUAGUAUAUAGGCCAUGCCCUUGCAGUCUCUUUGCUCAGUUAUCUGCCAUUUAUGAGUUAAAUCACUUUGUUUCUGUUUAUGCAGCCCUAGCCACACCUACCCUGGCUGUGACUGACACAGCCUGCAUGAAAACAGAAUGGAUUCACUUUCAAUCGCAUGUUAACUUAUUUAUCUCCUGCUCUGUAAAUUGAACUUUAAUCCCACACAAGGAGCUCCUGCAGGGUCUAGCAAUCUAUUAACAGAGUAGGAGAUAAGAAAUUCUAAAGUUAAAAGAAUUAGCAAUAAAGGAAGUAUAAACAUUAGGUGACUCUUUACAGGAAGUGUUUUGGAAGGCUCUGCAAGUCACAUGCACGGAGGUGUGACUAGGGCUGUAUAAACGUUGUGAUUUAACUCCCAAAUGGCAUCAAAUUGAGCUGUGAAACUGCAGGGGCAUUAUCUAUUCAGCAAAACUGCUUCAUUAAUCUAAAUUUGUUUGGUGACUAUAGCAUCCCUUUAAUUUACAUCACACACAUCAUAUGAAUUCUGUAUACUGAGGAAAACACUUUUCAGAACCUAGCUAUUACAUUUUCCCAGAUGUCAGCAAAGAUUCAAGAAAACCUGCUCUGCUUCACUGAUCUUUGAGUAACAUGUUUUGAAUCACUGUGUUCUUUUUUUGCCGUUAAAAAGUUAGGAGCUAGCUUUCAGGAUAAUGUGUGACUUGCUGCCUCAUUGCUUACUCCAGGCCUCGCAGUACUUUCUGGAUACUUGUUGAGUUAAUUGAGUAAACCAGUAACUUUGGAGAAUUGCCAAAAUAGAGAAAUGCUUCUUGAAUAUUUUCCCAUCUCAGCUGUUUUGCCAUACAUUUUGCAUACGUUUGGCAAUACUCCAUAUUUCCAAGUUUAGAGUAUAAACUCCCUACAUGCAUAUUAACUUGUGGCCAUUCUAUAGGCAUAUUCUCUUAACAUUGUCACCUUCGUUCUUUGUCAAACGUUUUGCGCUGUCCACAGAAUGCAAAGAUCCAGCCCUCCAAACAGUCUCGAUUUUGGUGGCACAGUCCUGAUUUCCUAUCAAGUUCACCUGAUAAUAUGAGUCAUUCUUAAAAGCACCGAGUUUUCUUGAUAGUUUUUUACACAAUUGUGUUCAAAUUCCCCAGGAUACGAGCUUCCUAAGUAGGGGUUUAGUAGAUAAAACUCCCAAAAGUUAUGUAUUUAAUUCUGUUUAUAAUACAGUCUGUAUCUUAGAAGUUUCUAAUUUAUUUAUGUGCAUUAUAUAAUAUGCUUCCUAUAACAAAUAGCUCUGUUUAAAGAGACAGUAUUAUUUUCACCUCAGUCUAAAAAAAGUACACAUUAUUUAAAAUAUAUUUGGUGAAGGAACUACAAUCGAUUAGUGUUUGUAUUUAUUGCUCAAUGAAGUCUUAAUUUUGAGGUAGUCAAGUUCAUUUUAAACGUCCAAUAUUAUCUGUUAAAUAAUCAUCCGAUUUAAAAAAAUCAACAGACUGUCACAAUCUGCCCAGUUUACCUAACUAACUUACACUAACACUAAGAGACAGAGUGUAUUUGCCUAGAAAGCUACCAAACAUCCCCAACCUUUAACUGCUGAUCCAAGCGGCUGUCUUUAUUCCAAAUAAACAGAUAUAAAGCAAUUUUUUUCAAAUCUAACUAACACUGGCGGGCUUCUUUAAAGAUUAUCUGAAAGAUGAUGUGUAGAUACUAAAUAUAGGAUUUGGGGAGGUCCAAGCUUGUGUCAUUGGUUUACAAUUCCUAUCAUCCCUAAUCUGUAGAAAUUAUUUCUCAAGAUGCCAUUAAGCUAUAUUUCCCAUGACUAUAUUCUAUCUAUAGAGCACUAUUUUUUAUCCACCCAUGGGUUGGCCAGGAAUCAUGGGAUCUGUAGUUUAACCCCUUAAGGACCAAACUUCUGGAAUAAAAUGGAAUCAUGGGAUCUGUAGUUUAAACAAAGGUUUAGGGCUGUUUUGGUUUCCUUUAUAUUGUUGCGUUUUUUGAUCCAGGGAGAAAUCUUAUUUUGAAGUCACGAAGGAUUGUUUUACCAUUUUGUGGGAAAAAUUGGGAUUGUUGUCUACUAUUCAAUCAACAGUAAAAUAAAAGAGAGAUGUGUUAAACACUGACUGUCCUCUUCAGCCAUUGUUACUGCGUAUAUUAGGAAUUAGAGUUACCGUAUAUUAAUUACCGGGAUAUAGUGUAACUACCUGAAACCCGCUCUCGCAUGUAACUUUUACUCUCUUUUGCAGGACUUAUUUCAGAGGCUCCAAACGUGUCACUGUCUCGGCAGUAUUUGGUCACAACGUGACAAGAAGGAAAACAGACACGUGGCCCCCAGUGUUAGGGCCACUGUGGCUCAGUUUAAUGCAGUGACAGCGUGUGUAACAGCAUCUGUGCUAAAUGAUAUUCAGCUGAGACCACAGCAGAGAGCGAAGGUGCUAGAGAAAUGGAUUGGCAUAGCACAGGUGUGAUUUCAUUAUUGUUAUCAUUAUUUCAUCACAGAGUGACACAGACAGGAGGGAGCUAUGGGAUAUGGAGUCUGUCCCUCCCAGCACAGGGUGACACAGACAGGAGGGAGCUAUGGGACAUGGAGUCUGUCCCUACCAGCACAGAGUGACACAGACAGGAGGGAGCUAUGGGAUAUGGAGUCUGUCCCUCCCAGCACAGGGUGACACAGACAGGAGGGAGCAAUGGGAUAUGGAGUCUGUCCCUCCCAGUACAGGGUGACACAGACAGGAGGGAGCUAUGGGACAUGGAGUCUGUCACUCCCAGCACAGGGUGACACAGACAGGAGGUAGCUAUGGGACAUGGAGUCUGUCACUACCAGCACAGAGUGACACAGACAGGAGGGAGCUAUGGGACAUGGAGUCUGUCCCUCUCAGCACAGGGUCACACAGACAGGAGGGAGCAAUGGGAUAUGGAGUCUGUCCCUCCCAGCACAGGGUGACACAGACAGGAGGGAGCUAUGGGACAUGGAGUCUGUCACUCCCAGCACAGGGUGACACAGACAGGAGGUAGCUAUGGGACAUGGAGUCUGUCACUACCAGCACAGGGUGACACAGACAGGAGGGAGCUACAUUAUAUGGAAUUUGUUGUUUUCCCUACAGGUACAGAAUAUGGAUAUUAGAAAUUAAUUGUCAUUGUCUUUCUUUUUCAGCACUGCCGGUUCCUGCGCAAUUUCUCUUCUCUUAGAGCUAUUUUGUCAGCUCUGCAGUCAAACUCCAUCUACAGACUGAAGAGAACAUGGGCGUCAGUGAGCAGGUACAGUGUGCGCAUGGUUCCCUCCACAGACACACUGCUCACCAGACAGCAAACACCGGCAGACAGGAACUGCUACAAAGCUAGAUUCUCAUUGUCUCAUGUUUUUAAUCUAGGGAUAAUCUGAUGGUCUUCCACAAAUUAUCCGCCAUUUUCUCUGAUGAAAAUAACCACGAAAUGAGUCGGGAGAUUUUAAACAAGGUAAUUACUAUGCAUGGUUUAAAAUACAUUGAUAUAUAAUAAUACUGAGUAUCUAUACACUGAUAAUGAGCACACUGCGCUGCAUAAUGAUCCUGAGUAUCUAUACACUGAUAAUGAACACGCUGCGCUGUAAAAUAAUACUGAGUAUCUAUACACUGCUAAUGAACAUGCUGCACUGUAUAAUGACACUAAGUAUCUAUACAUUGAUAAUGAACACACUGCGCUGUAUAAUGAUACUGAGUAUCUAUACACUGAUAGUGAACACACUGCGCUGUAUAAUAACACUGAGUAUCUAUACACUGAUAGUGAACACACUGCGCUGUAUAAUAAUACUGAGUAUCUAUACACUAUUAAUGAACACACUGCGCUGUAUAAUAAUACUGAGUAUCUAUACACUGAUAAUGAACGCACUGCACUGUAUAAUAACACUGAGUAUCUAUACACUGAUAAUGAACAUGCUGCGCUGUAUAAUAAUACUGAGUAUCUAUACACUGAUAAUGAACACACUGCGCUGUAUAAUGACACUAAGUAUCUAUACAUUGAUAAUGAACACACUGCGCUGUAUAAUAAUACUGAGUAUCUAUACACUGAUAAUGAACACACUGCGCUGUAUAAUAAUACUGAGUAUCAAUACACUGAUAAUGAACACACUGCGCUGUAUAAUGAUACUGAAUAUCUAUACACUGAUAAUGAACACACUGCACUGUAUAAUAAUACUGAGUAUCUAUACACUGAUAAUGAACACACUGCGCUGUAUAAUAACACUGAGUAUCUAUACACUGAUAAUGAACAUGCUGCACUGUAUAAUGACACUAAGUAUCUAUAUACUGAUAAUGAACACACUGCGCUGUAUAAUAAUACUGAGUAUCUAUACACUGAUAAUGAACAUACUGCGCUGUAUAAUAAUACUGAGUAUCUAUACACUGAUAGUGAACACACUGCACUGUAUAAUAAUACUGAGUAUCUACACACUGAUAAUGAACACACUGCGCUGUAUAAUAAUACUGAGUAUCUAUACAGUGAUAAUGAACACACUGCACUGUAUAAUAAUACUGAGUAUCUAUACACUGAUAGUGAACACACUGCACUGUAUAAUAAUACUGAGUAUCUAUACACUAUUAAUGAACACACUGCGCUGUAUAAUAAUACUGAGUAUCUAUACACUGAUAAUGAACACACUGCACUGUAUAAUAAUACUGAGUAUCUAUACACUGAUAAUGAACACACUGCACUGUAUAAUAAUACUGAGUAUCUAUACACUAUUAAUGAACACACUGCGCUGUAUAAUAAUACUGAGUAUCUAUACAUUGAUAAUGAACACACUGCGCUGUAUAAUGAUACUGAGUAUCUAUACACUGAUAGUGAACACACUGCGCUGUAUAAUAACACUGAGUAUCUAUACACUGAUAGUGAACACACUGCGCUGUAUAAUAAUACUGAGUAUCUAUACACUAUUAAUGAACACACUGCGCUGUAUAAUAAUACUGAGUAUCUAUACACUGAUAGUGAACACACUGCACUGUAUAAUAAUACUGAGUAUCUAUACACUAUAAUGAACACACUGCGCUGUAUAAUAAUACUGAGUAUCUAUACACUGAUAAUGAACACACUGCACUGUAUAAUAAUACUGAGUAUCUAUACACUGAUAAUGAACACACUGCGCUGUAUAAUAAUACUGAGUAUCUAUACACUGAUAGUGAACACACUGCGCUGUAUAAUAAUACUGAGUAUCUAUACACUGAUAAUGAACACACUGCACUGUAUAAUAACACUGAGUAUCUAUACACUGAUAAUGAACAUGCUGCGCUGUAUAAUAAUACUGAGUAUCUAUACACUGAUAAUGAACACACUGCGCUGUAUAAUGACACUAAGUAUCUAUACAUUGAUAAUGAACACACUGCGCUGUAUAAUAAUACUGAGUAUCUAUACACUGAUAAUGAACACACUGCGCUGUAUAAUAAUACUGAGUAUCAAUACACUGAUAAUGAACACACUGCGCUGUAUAAUGAUACUGAAUAUCUAUACACUGAUAAUGAACACACUGCACUGUAUAAUAAUACUGAGUAUCUAUACACUGAUAAUGAACACACUGCGCUGUAUAAUAACACUGAGUAUCUAUACACUGAUAAUGAACAUGCUGCACUGUAUAAUGACACUAAGUAUCUAUAUACUGAUAAUGAACACACUGCGCUGUAUAAUAAUACUGAGUAUCUAUACACUGAUAAUGAACAUACUGCGCUGUAUAAUAAUACUGAGUAUCUAUACACUGAUAGUGAACACACUGCACUGUAUAAUAAUACUGAGUAUCUAUACACUGAUAAUGAACACACUGCACUGUAUAAUAAUACUGAGUAUCUAUACACUGAUAAUGAACACACUGCACUGUAUAAUAAUACUGAGUAUCUAUACACUGAUAAUGAACACACUGUAUAAUAAUACUGAGUAUCUAUACAUUGAUAGUGAACAAACUGCGCUGUAUACUAAUACUGAGUAUCUAUACACUAUUAAUGAACACACUGCACUGUAUAAUAAUACUGAGUAUCUAUAAGCUGAUAAUGAACACACUGCGCUGUAUAAUAAUACUGAGUAUCUAUACACUGAUAAUGAACACACUGCGCUGUACAAUAAUACUGAGUAUCUAUACACUGAUAAUGGACACACUGCACUGUAUAAAAAUACUGAGUAUCGAUACACUGAUAAUGAACACGUUGCACUGUAUAAUAAUACUGAGUAUCUAUACAGUGAUAAUGAACACACUGCGCUGUAUAAUAAUACUGAGUAUCUAUACACUGAUAAUGAACACGUUGCACUGUAUAAUAAUACUGAGAAUCUAUACAGUGAUAAUGAACACACUGCGCUGUAUAAUAAUGCUGAAUAUCUAUACACUGAUAAUGAACACACUGCACUGUAUAAUUAUACUGAGUAUCUAUACAGUGAUAAUGAACACACUGCACUGUAUAAUGAUACUGAGUGUCUAUACACUGAUAAUGAACACACUGCGCUGUAUAAUAAUACUGAGUAUCUAUACACUGAUAAUGAACACACUGCGCUGUAUAAUAAUACUGAGUAUCUAUACACUGAUAAUGAACACACAGUAUAAUAAUACUGAGUAUCUAUACACUGAUAAUGAACACACUGCUCUGUAUAAUGAUACUGAGUAUCUAUACACUGAUAAUGAACACAGUGCGCUGUAUAAUAAUACUGAGUAUCUAUACACUGAUAAUGAACACACUGCUCUGUAUAAUAAUACUGAGUAUCUAUACACUGAUAAUGAACACUCUGCGCUGUAUAAUAAUACUGAGUAUCUAUACACUGAUAAUAAACACACUGCACUGUAUAAUAAUACUGAGUAUCUAUAAUGAACACACUGCGCUGUAUAAUAAUACUGAGUAUCUAUACACUGAUAAUGAACACACUGCGCUGUAUAAUAAUACUGAGUAUCUAUACACUGAUAAUGAACACACUGCGCUGUAUAAUAAUACUGAGUACCUAUACACUGAUAAUGAACACACUGCGCUGUAUAAUGAUCAUGAGUAUCUAAACACUGAUAAUGAACACGUUGCACGGUAUAAAGUAAUAAUUACAAUAAGCUCAUUAUAUAAUAAGUGUUUUUUUACAUGCUAGUGGUAAUGUGCUAAUUAUCUUUACAAUUUCAGGAUGAGAUUCCACUCCGUAGAACACACAGUGCGCGCAAUGAGCCACGCCCACUCCGGCGCUCAGCGUCCCAGGUCCACUCUUCGGUAAGAUUAAAAAAAGGAAAAAGAUAUUCUCCACAGUAAUAAUUCCCUUAUUUUUAAAAUUGAUAUAUUUACUUUAUUUUUACAGUUAGAUCCCAUUAAUUAUAGACUCAUUUUAUUAUGUGAUCUUGUUUCAAAGAGCUGUCACUUUUUCCUGCUGCAGAGACCGACGCAGGGAACGGUGCCAUACCUGGGGACAUUCCUCACAGACCUCAUCAUGCUGGACACAGCGUUACCAGACUUUGUAGAGGUGAGAUUGUAUUAUUCUCUGGGUACCCAUUCCACUGUCUACCACACUCAGCCCAUUGAUGCCAGUUGAACACAUGUUAUCCAUAUCCCAACCAGCUUGUUCGAUACUUCACCUCCAUUCCAAAAAUAACACAACGCCAGUUGUGCUCAGUAUUACUUGUUCCUAUGAUAAUACCUGGGAUGUAAAUCAGCUCUGGUCUCCUCACAUUUUUGUAAAUAUUUUAUUAUAUCUUUUCUUGUGACAAUACUGAAGAAAUGACACUCCGCUACAAUGUAAAGUAGUAAGUGUACAGCCUGUAUAACAGUGUAAAUCUGCUGUCCCCUCAAAAUAACACAGUGAAAAUGUCCAAUUUGGGCUCAAAGUGUCAAUAUUUUGUGUGGCCACCAUUAUUUUCCAGCACUGCCUUAACCCUCAUGGGCAUGGAGUUCACCAGAGCUUCACAGGUUGCCAUUGGAGUCCUCUUCCACUCCUCCAUGACGACAUCAUGUAGCUGGUGGAUGUUAGAGACCUUGUACUCCGCCACCUUCCAUGUGAGGAUGCCCCACAGAUGUUCAAUAGGGUUUAGGUCUGGAGACAUCCUUGGCCAAUCCAUCACCCUUACCUUCAGCUUCUUUAGCAAGGCAGUGGUCGUCUUGGAGGUGUGUUUGGGGUCGUUAUCGUGUUGGAAUACUGCCCUGCGGCCCAGUCUCCGAAGGGAGGGGAUCAUGCUCUGCUUCAGUAUGUCACAGUACAUGUUGGCAUUCAUGGUUCCCUCAAUGAACUGUAGCUCCCCAGUGCCAGCAGCACUCAUGCAGGCCCAGACCAUGACACUCCCACUACCAUGCUUGACUGUAGGCAAGACACACUUGUGUUUGUACUCCUCACCUGGUUCUCGACAGAAACGCUUGACACCAUCUGAAAGUUUAUCUUGGUCUCAUCGGACCACAGGACAUGGUUCCUGUAAUCCAUGUCCUUAGUCUGCUUGUCUUCAGCAAACUGUUUGCGGAUUUACUUGUGCAUCAUCAUUAGAAGAGGCUUCCUUCUGGGACAACGGCCAUGCAGACAAAUUUAAUGCAGUGUGCGGCGUAUGGUUUAAGCACUGACAGGCUGACCACCAACCCCUUCAACCUCUGCAACAAUGCUGGCAGCACUCAUACGUCUAUUUCCCAAAGACAGCCUCUGGAUAUGACGCUGAGCACGUGCACUCAACUCCUUUGGUCGACCAUGGCGAGGCCUGUUCUGAGUGGAGCCUGUCCUGUGGAACCACUGUAUGGUCAUGCCCACUGUGCUGUAGCUCAGUUUCAGGGUCUUAGCAAUCUUCUUAUAGCCUAGGCCAGGGGUCAGCAACCUAUGGCACUCAGUGUUCCUUUGCCUGGCACUCAAGGCUGCCAGAGACAAACAUGAUCUGGCCUAUCAGGAGUCCCAGUGGUACUUAAGAUAUCUGCUAGUGCAAAUUGAGCAGUGAUUGUAGGUGAUGAGGGACAAUCCUUUGUUUAUGCAUUGCAGCACUUAGAGUCAGUUAUCUUCGAUCACUUCCUGUGAAUGGGGAUCACCACUGUAGGGGUGUACUCACUUUUGUUGCCAACGGUUUAGACCAGUGGUAGUCAACCUUUUUCUACCUACCGCCCACUAAUGCAUCUUUCUUGAUGGAAAAAUUUCCUUACCGCCCACCAGUUUUCGCGCAAGUGCGGAAUAUUUUUUAGAAAGGAGGGUGUUUUAAAAAAAAAAAAAAAAUGUACGUGCAUUUAUCUUUUUAUUUCUACAUAAUGCAUGUUUAUAAUAUUUUUAACAUUAUAAAUUUUAAUUGGAAAACAAUAAAGUAAAUUGAAAUUACCUUUACUAGUGAUUAAUGAGAUCCUUGAGGUUGAUGCUACGAGACUAAAUAUUUGAUAUCUGGUUCGAUUUUCGUAAGGAACAAACGAAGGUCUCCUCUUUCGGUGAUAUUCAGACGACUUCUCUGUUUGCGCAUAAUAGGUUUUCUCAUCUGUGCGUCAGCUCAUCUCAUCUCCCUCCUCAAUUCCCCUCCCCACCUUUUUUAUCCCUUUUUUCUAUUUUGUAACCUUCCUUAUAGCAAUGCCCAGUAGGAAGGCUUAGCUCGGUAGCCCACUUACUAUAGCCCACUAUAACAGACAGACACACAUACAUACACACACACAUAAAAAGACACAUACAUACAAACAGACAGGCACACAUACAGACACACACAGGCAGGCACACCUAGACAGGCACACAUACAGACACACACACAGACAGGCGCACAUACAUACAUACAUACAUACAGAAAAACAGACAGGCACACAUACAGACACACACACACACACACAAGACACAUACAUGCAGACAGGCACACAUACAUACAGACACACACACACACAUACAUACACACACAUACAUACAAACAGACAGGUACACAUACAUACAGACACACACAUACAUACAAACAGACAGGUACACAUACAUACAAACAGUAAGGUACACAUACAUACAAACACACAUACAUACAAACAGACAGGUACACAUACACACAUACAGACAGACACAAGACACAAACACAUACAUAUAGAUAGACACACACACACAAGACAUACAUACAUACAUACAUAGACACACACAAGACAUACAUACAAAGACACAUACACACAAACAAACACACACAAAAUAUUUUUGUCACCCUCCUGUUUCCUACCUUUAAGGUGCAGGAGGGUGACUUUCCCUGGGGUCCAGAGGUGGCUCAGGUGCAUGGGAGUCAGAGUUCCCACUCUGACUCCCUGGUCUUCCUCCUGCACGGCUCUCAGUUUUAGCUGGGAGGAGUGACGUGCAGUCAAUUCCUCCCAGCGUGUGAUGUAAUAAUAGGGGGCCCGGUCGCGCUGUUAAAGCGCCCAGCGCCGACCGGGCCCCCUCUCAAUCUACAUCCAUCGGGUGGCCCUGACAGCGGGCUGGGGCCGAAAAUGGUGACGGCGGUACCCGGUAGAACGGGUACCGCUGGCUCGCACCCGCCCUCCCUCUCUGAAAUCCCUACCGCCCACCUGGAAUCCUGAAACGCCCACUAGUGGGUGGUAGGGACCAGGUUGACGACCCAUGGUUUAGACAUUAAUGGCUGUGUGUUGAGUUAUUUUGAUGGGACAGCAGAUUUACACUGUUAUACAGUCUGUACACUUACUACUUUACAUUGUAGCAGAGUGUCAUUUCUUCAGUUUUGUCACAUGAAAAGAUAUAAUAAAAUAUUUACAAACAUGUGAGGGGUGUACUCACUUUUGUGAGAUACUGUAUGUGAUCCCAGAAGGGUCUCAUUUGCUGAAUCUGUGUGAAUACACCUGCUACCUUUGACUAUCUAAUUUUAAGCCUUUGUUUGGAUCCCUCAGAUUCCUCUGGAUGUUUCAUUUUGCACCCAGUGACACUAGAAUAUUGUCCUUAGAGUUGUAUAGGGAUAAUAAAUACAUUAUGCUGUACAGUAUAUUGUGUAAAAUAUUUUCUUUCUAUAUUCUCUUUCUAUGUACAUCUAAACCUCUUGACAAUUUACAGGGUGGGCUCAUUAACUUCGAAAAGAGGCGUAAGGUAAGUUAUCACAUGCUACUAAUAAUACCUGUAUAAUAAACACUCCUAGUGUACACAAUUACAGUGAUUCUAACACCAUUAUAUCCAUACAUGCACAUGUACUCAGCACUAGAUACAGUCAAAGGUAUACCUGCAAACAAUCACACAAAAAUACACAAACUAGCACUAUUACAAACACACAGAAAUACAUUCAGACACAGGCAGAAAGAUGUGCAGAAAUUCAAAUUCGCAAGCAACAGGCUGAUACACAAGCUGUCAGAAACAAACAGUAUCUACAAAGAUGCACAAGCAUGCACACAGUUACACAUACUCACAAACACAUAGAGACCCACAAACACAGAUUUUCAUGCAUCCUCCUGUAUCUUGCCCCAUGUCUCUAGGAGCACGAUGUUCUGGCUAAGAUCCAGAAGUUGCAGCUGACAUGCCGACACUAUGUCCUGACACGAAAGCCAGAAUUUAUCCAGUCAUUUUACGCUCACCGACAGUUGACGGAGGACCAAAGGUGUGACGAUCAUUUCACUGGGAAACAAUUAUAUUGAGAGUCUUAUGGAUACUCUUAUUCCUGCUAUAAUACGGCUUCUGUCAUGGAUAUAUUACCAUUAUAAAUACAUUUCUAUAAUUUUUGUAGGGUUAUUAUAAUGGGGCUGUAUAUAAUGAAAAACAAAGUUAAUAAUUCGGUUGUAAUAAUGAGAUGUAGUUUUAAAUUUGUUAUUACCAUACUCAUAAAUUGUAAUGGUACCAGCAUUUUGGGGGUGAUUUUGGUUAUUAACAAAACAUAAAUAUAAGUUUUUCCUUGAUAUAUCUUCCAGUUACAGGAUCUCUCGUACCAUUGAGCCCCCUGCUGAUUCCUGUCCAAAUUCCCCCCGAAUCCGCAGGAAACUGACAAAACGUUUCAGCUCGUAAGUACACUGUCUGCUUAUUGCUUACUGGGGUUUAUUCAUUAUAUUGGUGGAGAAUUGACAAAAAUAGCCAAACUAGAAAGAAUAGCUAAGUUGAAGAGUUUUUUUGAUUUUGGCUAUUUUGCCUAUAAUUUGCCAUGUCCACAUUACUGAAUAAUCCAUUAUUGCAUAGAGAAUACAUUAUGCAGUGCUGUCAAUCAAUCCUUCCUCUUAAAGGAACACUAUUGUGUCAGGAAUACAAACAUGUAUUUCUGACACUAUAGUGCUGUUGCGACUGUUUUGGUCCCCCUCAGCUCGCUCUGAAAAAGUGAUUUUACUCAACUUCUGUCCCACGUCUUGCCUUGGCUGGCUUCACCUCCCUUGCUGAGAUCAUCAAACUUGAUGAUCUCAGCCAAUCCAAUGCUUUCCCAUAGGAAAGCAUAGGGACGCUAUUGCGCAUGUACGGCAAAAUGCAGUUCUGCGCCAAUAAGAAUCUCCUCCUAGAGAUGCAUUUAAUCAUGGAUAGAGAAGUUGGGGUGUAGGUUGUUUGUCCUGAGGGAAAAUAGUUUGGUUCGCUAAGAACAUUUUGGUUUGGAAGAGUAUUGGUAGGUAGGUCCGAACCUGCUGUGUGUAGGGUGUAUCUCGGUAUGCCCCUACAUGGAAGAACGCUGGAAACCAUGCCCUCGGUGGUAAUGGUUAUGUUUAUAUGUUAAUUAUAUGUUAAAAUGUGGUUUUACUUAUUGUGUUGUGGGUCAUUGUCGGGCGUAGUAUUGUUAAAGGAGUUGGGGGGAUAUGUUAUGUUAAUAUGUGACAAUGACCUUAAAUUAUUUUAACUUAUUUAUAUAUAUUAAUAAUGCUGUGAUAAUUUUCCCAAAUAAUGGUGUCCAAGUAUUUGUGUUUUUUUGGGGGGGGUUUAUCACGCAUAUGCCAGAAAGGCGACUAUGCAUAUGUGAUGUUAAUGUUGUAUUGCUUUUAUAUAUCACAGUCAUUUUUGUUGUAUAUUUAGUUUUUUUUCACUUGUUUGUUUUUUAUGUAGCUCAGCUAGACCUUUGUAUAAAUGUAUGGCUGGUUAAUUAUAACAUUCUCUUUCUAUCUUUCUCUCAGUUUGUUGCUAGGCUCUGAAGUAUUUGGUCCUAAGUUAAACGGCGAGCGUGUGUCUCCUUCAGGAUCCUGUAGCAGCUGUGAGAUUGAUGAAGGACUGAUUGCUGCUCUAAUCCCAGCUGAAUCUGCCUCAAGCCAGGUAAUUAGGCUUUUCAAUUCACACCUGUUAAACGGUAUUACAAUAUACAAUAAGGCACUAGAGAUCGGCUUUACGGUAAUAUGAUAUUACAGGGAUAAUAAGGCACUCAGAAACCGGGUUACUGUAAUAAGAUGUUACAGGGUAAUAAGGCGCUCAGGAGCCGAGCUACUGUAAUAAGAUGUUACAGGGUAAUAAGGCACUCAGGAGCCAGGUUACUGUAAUAAGAUGUUACAGGGUAAUAAGGCACUCAGGAGCCGGGUUACUGUAAUGAGAUGUUACGGGGUAAUAAGGCACUCAGGGUCUGGGUUACUGUAAUAAGAUGAUACAGGGUAAUAAGGCACUCAGGAGCCGGGUUACUGUAAUAAGAUGUUACAGGGUAAUAAGGCACUCAGGAGCCAGGUUACUGUAAUAAGAUGUUACAGGGUAAUAAGGCACUCAGGAGCCGAGCUACUGUAAUAAGAUGUUACAGGGUAAUAAGGCACUCAGGAGCCAGGUUACUGUAAUAAGAUGAUACAGGGUAAUAAGGCACUCAGGAGCCGGGUUACUGUAAUAAGAUGUUACAGGGUAAUAAGGCGCUCAGGAGCCAGGUUACUGUAAUAAGAUGUUACAGGGUAAUAAGGCACUCAGGAGCCAGGUUACUGUAAUAAGAUGAUACAGGGUAAUAAGGCACUCAGGAGCCGGGUUACUGUAAUAAGAUGUUACAGGGUAAUAAGGCACUCAGGAGCCGGGUUACUGUAAUAAGAUGUUACUGGGUAAUAAGGCGCUCAGGAGCCGGGUUACUGUAAUAAGAUGUUACAGGGUGAUAAGGCACUCAGGAGCCAGGUUACUGUAAUAAGAUGUUACAGGGUGAUAAGGCACUCAGGAGCCGGGUUACUGUAAUAAGAUGUUACGGGGUAAUAAGGCACUCAGGAGCUGGGUUACUGUAAUAAGAUGUUAGAGGAGUAUCGCACUCAGGAGCCGGUUACUGUAAUAAGAUGUUAGAGGAGUAUCGCACUCAGGAGCCGGUUACUGUAAUAAGAUGUUAGAGGAGUAUCGCACUCAGGAGCCGGUUACUGUAAUAAGAUGUUAGAGGAGUAUCGCACUCAGGAGCCUGUUACUGUAAUAAGAUGUUAGAGGAGUAUCGCAUUCAGGAGCCGGGUUAUUUUAACAAGCUAUGUCCUUUUUUUGUUACAGAAUUUCACAGAACCUCUCACCCCACCAGCCACUCCAAUCCGUGAUGAUUUAUCUCGCCCUGUCUCUUCUCCUCGUUCUCCUGUUUCCCCAUCCUGCGCGCUCCCUGUUUAUAACCAGCAGAUUGCUGAUCUCUGUAUUAUUCGUGUCAGUAUGGAAAACACACAUGGCAACCUUUAUAAGAGUAUAUUGGUGAGUGCUGUAUGUGGUCUGCAGUCCUGCUCUAUUCACAUUAAUAUCUACAGUUUGGAAUUUAGCCUCUGGGACGAGGCUCCUAGUACCUUCUAUUGUUUUUUUUCUGAGUUUGUUCGAUGUAUUAUGCUGUUUAUUAUCUUUUUUUCAAUGUAUGAUUCAGAUUCAGAAUUUAUUUUUACUAUAAAUUUGAUAACAAAAUAUAGAUCCUUAAAUAAAAAGGCCUUUUUGUUUUGCCUCCAAUCUUGCUUGUUCGCUGAUUUAGCGGCAAACAGUUUAUUCAGAAGUGUUCAAAUAAGUGAGAUUUUCAAACCAGCAGCUUUACUAAGCGUUGUUGGGUCGCUGUGCCCAUGUGUGUUUGCAAAGCAUUGUGGGUUGUUCGCCAGCUCUCCCUGAGUAUUGCAGUAAAUUCUAAUUAUUUGUCUUUGUGGAUUUUAUAGAUCCCUAAAACUGUUUCAUUCUCUCACACAGCUCACUAGCCAGGACAAAUCCCGUGUUGUAAUACAGCGAGCUCUACACAAGCACAAUAUAGAAUCGUGUCAACCGGACGAUUUCCAGCUAGUACAGAUAUUAUCCGAGGGGAAAGGUAAGGCGCUGUAUGUCUAUAUGGAAAAGGAAAGAGUGUUUGAGCUUAUUGUGGCUAACACGGGCAAUCUGGAUAUGUGGGGCCCACACUGCCCAAUUUAAAGAGACUGCAUGCAAGAAAAAGAGACUAGUGCAAUAGCUGUGUAUGAAAAAGCAAAUAACUACACUAAUAAUCACUGGAUACAGGUGAUAAUUGAUGGUACUGCAAAUAUCUGUGGACUACAUUACCCAUGAUGCUUCAGCAGAACUCUCUGCGAAGUCUCUCAGGCCCCCAUCCCAAUCGCAUAACUCUCGGUUAUUGACUUAUGUGUGACUUGUCAGAAAUUGUAAGUGAAUUGAAAGAGGAUUUUAAGAAUGCAUUCCAAUAUAGCCAAACUGAAAACAUUAAUGGCUUGCAGAUUUUUUUCCAAUUGCGUAUGUUUGCCGACAGUUCACACGUUAAAGAAUAAUUGUGUGAGUUGUGGAGUAGUAAUACCCAAUAAUAAUUUUUUUACAUUUUUUUUAUCUGCAGAACUGACCAUCCCGGACUCAGCUAACGUGUACUACGCUAUGAAUACAUCAGCAAAUUUUGACUUUGUUCUCAGACGCAGAGUGAAAGAAAGCUGA